UCUCCCAUCUCCUCCUUCAAUAGCCCAGUGUACUUGCCACCACCAGACCCCAUCGAGGCUGCCGAGUCAUUGUUAGGGGAUGCAAGCAGGGAGCCCCUGUUGACAGAUGGCCUUGGCGACGCAAAUGCUGAGUCUCCCCUCCUAUCCAGACAACCCAACCCUGUCAUAUGCUGGGGUACAUGCCAGUGCUCUUGUAUAAUUUAUACACCUAUUUAUAUACCCAUUGUAAUGGAACCAUGCCUCCAAUAGACCUCAGUUUACCUACCAGACAUGCUAGAGUAGAUGGUGCCGUUCCCCCCAUAGUUUUAAUCCCUCCCUGCAGCUGUUUAAUCUCUGUAUACCCAAAACCCAAAGGGAGGAUUACGUUUUGUGUGAUAGUGUCAGAGCUUCCCGAGAGAAUCCGCUUUCCCAUCAGAUAAUACAAAAACACUCGGGGUAGGCUCUUCUGUUUUAAGUGGAUGAGUGCAGCUCAGUGCUACUUCAGUCAGCACAGUGGUUGCCAAGACGAAUGAGAGGUGACGGGAUGGGGGUUGUCCUUGAGUGAGGAGCUCAGAAUGCUGAGGAAGAAGGCAAGAGACCCCAAGGAAAAGUGUGGUGUGAGGAGGAGGAGAUGCUCCCCUCUUCACCUUUUCUCUAGAGACAUGUACAGAGUGCAAACUGCUGCAAGUGACGCAUGGAGUGAGUAUAGACCACAUCUAGCUUAAUCUAAUUUUAUGACUCUCAUCCAUUGCUUAAUACAUUAUCCAUUACUUUGUUGAAAAAAUUAUCGAUCUUACAAGUAGAACAUUUGCAAAGUCAUUCUGCAUUGUUCGGUAGUAGCUAUAGCAGCAUAACUUCACAAACAGUCACUAUGUACAUUGAUGAUUAAAGGGCAGAAUGUAAGUUUAAGGCAAAUUAAAUGAAUGAUCGUGGGAUGGUAGCGCUUUGUUCUGCAACUCGAUAAUGCUGGCCAACGAACGUGCCCAUCCGAUAGCUAGCAUGAUGAGUCAAUGUCGCAAAGUGCCCGGAGUGGGGCGAAAAUCACUGUCCUGAUCACUGAAUAUGGAGGGAAAAUGCCCCUGCUGUAUCAGCCAGCCUGUAUCUGCUCUGCGACACGGUCACCCUGCGGACCGGGGCGAUCAAUAAACCCAAUGUCAUACAUACAUGCAUUCAAUAAAAACUCUUUAAAUGUAAUCUCUCAUCACCCUCUAAUGUGCCUUAGGGCACAGUACAAUGACCAGCUUAAAGUCUGUGGUAUCGCUGGCCUCGGAAUGCCAAUCCUAGGACCGUGGAAGAGAACAAGCCCUGCAUUAUCACGUCGGUUAGAUCUUAUCUCCUGUUCCUAUGUUUAUUUAAAGUCCUCCCGAAACAGAGACUAUGGAACCGUGGCUGACCGUGACUCCGCUGUCUGGCCCUCUCUCUGGGCCUGAGUGGUGUAACGUCAAUGCCCUGUUGAGCGCGCAGCCAGGCGGACAUUUGCAUGCAGUCGAUGGUCACUUUAUUUUUCCACACCGCCAGUGGCGAGUGGGCUUAUCACUUUACAUUAGGGCUAGGAAUUGCCAGGGACCUCACAUUACGAUAUUAUUACUUAGGUGCCGAUACAAUGCAGUGGCUUGCGAAAGUAUUCACUCCCCUUGGCAUUUUUCCUAUUUUGUUGCCUUACAACCUGGAAUUAAAAUAUAUUUUUUUGGUAGUUUGUAUAAUUUGAUUUACACAACAUGCCUACCACUUUGAAGAUGCAAAAUAUAUUUUUUAUUGUGAAACAAACAAGAAAUAAGACAAGAAAACAGAACUUGAGUGUGCAUAACUAUUCACCCACCCCAAAGUCAAUACUUUGUAGAGCCACCUUUUGCAGCAAUUACAUCUGCAAGUCUCUUGAGGUAUGUCUCUAUAAGCUUGGCACAUCUAGCCACUGGGAUUUUUGCCCAUUCUUCAUGGCAAAACUGCUCCAGCUCCUUCAAGUUGGAUGGGUUCCGCUGGUGGACAGCAAUCUUUAAGUCAUACCACAGAUUCUCAAUUGGAUUGAGGUCUCUGGAAGACUGAAACAGGUUUCCCUCAAGAAUUUCCCUGUAUUUAGCGCCAUCCAUCAUUCCUUCAAUUCUGACCAGUUUCCCAGUCCCUGCCGAUGGAAAAACAUCCCCACAGCAUGAUGUAGCCACCACCAUGCUUCACUGUGGUGAUUGUGUUCUCGGGGUGAUGAGAGGUGUUGAGUUUGCGCCAGACAUUUUCCUUGAUGGCCAAAAAGCUAAAUUUUAGUCUCAUCUGACCAGAGUACCUUCUUCCAUAUGUUUGGGGAGUCUCCCAAAUGCCUUUUGGCGAACACCAAACGUGGUGCCGCUUGCUUGGUGGUGCCCCUUGCUUAGUGGUGUUGCAGACUCUGGGGCCUUUCCGAACAGGUGUGUGUGUGUGUGUAUAUAUACUGAGUGACAUAUACAUGUGACAGAUCAUGUGACACUUAGAUCAUGUGACACAAAGGUAGACUUUAUUUAAGUAAUUAUGUGACAUCUGAAGGUAAUUGGUUGCACCAGAUCUUAUUUAGGGGCUUCUUAGCAUACUUUUCUGUUAUUUAUUUAAAAAAUAAUAAUAAUCAUUUCACUUCACCAAUUUGGACUAUUUUGUGUAUGUCCAUUACAUGAAAUACAAAUAAAAAUCCAUUUAAAUUACAGGUUGUAAUGCAACAAAAUAGGAAAAAUGCCAAUGGGGAUGAAUACUUUUGCAAGGCACUGUAUGUAUUGCAAUUCUCACGAUUUGAUACUGUGAUGUUAUUGCAAUUCGACGUUCCAAACAUGGUGCUCACCAUAUGUCUGCUGCAGAGAGACGAGAGAACAUGAGAAAAGAGUUUUGAUCAGUCAGGGAAAUAUAACUGCUGAAAACAAAUUGUCUCCCUAUUUCCAUUUAAAAAGAAGAUUGAGAACAAACUAUUAAGAAGAAAUACUGUGGAGUUUUGGUGCAGGUACAGCCAACUAGUGCAAAAAUACUAUUGCGAUAUUGUCAAAAUUAUAUGAUAUCGUCAAAAAUAAUAUCCCGAUAUGUAACUAUCACAUUUUUUCCCCCCCAUCACUACUAUACAUAUGUAAAUGUCGUUUGGGAUCGGCCUUUUGUUCAGUGCCCGUAACGCAGGACGUCGAGGCUAGUUUAAGAUCCUGUCUUCGAGCUUCCUCUUUUUCUGGGCCUCUUUUUGUCUUGCGUUAAUAGGUGGGGGGCUCAGGGACGGGAUGUUGUAAAGGUCUUUGAAUGUGUGGCUGGGAUGGGGCUUCCUCUCCUGUGCUGUCCCUGGUAUUUGUAUUUAUAAUGGAUCCCCAUUAGCUGCUGCCAAGGCAGCAGCUACUCUUCCUUGGGUCCAGCAACAUUAAGGCAGUUAUAUACACAAUUGAAAAUAUUACAUGACAUUACAUUUCAUAACACUUUACCCAAUACAUUUAGUGUGUUCCCUCAGGCCACUACUCCACUGUCACAUAUUUACAAUACAACAUCCAUGUGUACGUGUGUGUAGAGUGAGUGUCUUAUGUGCCUGUGUGUGUCUCUUCACAGUCCCCACUGUUCCAUAAUGUGGAUUUCUAUCUGUUUUUCAAAUCUGAUUCUACUGCUUGCAUCAGUUACCUAAUGUGGAAUAGAGUUCCAUGUAGCCAUGGCUCUAUGUAGUACUGUGCGCCUCCCAUAGUCUGUUCUUCACUUGGGGAUUGUGAACAGACCUUUUGGUGGCAUGUCUUGUGUGGUAUGCAUGGGUGUCUGAGCUGCGUGCUAGUAGUUUAAACAGACAGCUUGGUGCAUGUCAACACUUCUUACAAAAACAAGUAGUGAUGAAUGCAAUCUCUCUUCCACUUUGAGCCAUGAUAGAUUUACAAGCAUAUUAUUCAUGUUAGCUCUGUGUACAUUUAAGGGCCAGCUGUGCUGCCCUGUUCUGAGCCAAUUGUAAUUUUCCGAGGUCCCUCUUUGUGGCACCUGACCACACGACUGAACAGUAGUCCCAGUGUGACAAAACUAGAGCCUGUAGGACCUGCCUUGUUGAUAAUGUUGUUAAAAGCAGAGCAACACUUUAAUAUGGACAGACUUCUUCCCAUGUUAGCUGCUGUUGUAUCAACAUGUUUUGACCAUGACAGUUUACAAUCCAGGGUUACUCCAAGCAGUUUAGUCACCUCAACUUGCUCAAUUUCCACAUGUAUUUAUUACAAGAUUUCGUUGUUUAGGGUUUAGUGAAUGAUUUGUCCCAAAUUCAAUGCUUUUAGUUUUUGAAAUAUUUAGGACUAACUUAUUCCUUGACACCCAAUUCCGAAACUAACUGCAACUCUUUAUUAAGUGUUGCAGUGAUUUUGCUCGCUGUAGUAGCUGACGUAUAUGGUUUUGAGUCAUCCGCAUACAUAGACACACUGGCUUUACUCAAGGCCAGUGGCAUGUCAUUAGUAAAGAUUGAAAAAAGUAAGGGGCCUAAAAAGCUGCCCUGGGGAAUUCCUGAUUCUACCUGGAUUAUGUUGGAGAGGCUUCCAUUAAAGAACACCCUCUGUGUUCUGUUAGAUAGAUAACUCUUUAUCCACAAUAUAGCAGAGGGUGUAAAGCCAUAACACAAGUUUUUCCAUCAGCAGACUAUGAUCGAUAAUGUCAACAGCCGCACUGAAGUCUAACAAAACAGCUCCCACAAUCUCUUUAUCAUCAAUUUCUCUCAGCCAAUCAUCGCAAAUUUGUGUAAGUGCCGUGCUUGUUGAAUGUCCUUCCCAAUAAGCGUGCUGAAAGUCUGACAUUUGUUUACAGUAAAAUAGCAUUGUAUCUGGUCAAACACAAUUUUUUCAAAGUUUAUUAAGGGUUGGUAACAGGCUGAUUGGUUGGCUAUUUGAACCAGUAAAGGGGGCUUUACUAUUCUUGGGUAGCGGAAUUACUUUUGCUUCCCUCCAGGCCUGAAGGCACACACUUUCUAGUAGUCUUAGAUUGGAGAUAUGGCAAAUAGGAGUGGCAAUAUCAUCCGCUAUUAUCCUCAGUCAUUUUCCAUCCACAUUUUCAUACCCCGGUGGCUUGUCAUUGUUGAUAGACAACAAUAUUUUUUAAAUUUCUUCCACAUUCACUUUAAUGAAUUCAAAAUUACAUUGCUUGUCUUUCAUAAUUUGAUCAGUUAUACUUGGAUGUGUAGUGUCAGCGUUUGUUGCUGGCAUGUCAUGCCUAAGUUUGGUAAUCUUGCCAAUGAAAAUAUCAUUAAAGUAAUUGGCAAUAUCAGUUGGUUUUGUGAUGAAUGAGCCAUCUGAUUCAAUGAAUGAUGGAGCUGAGUUUGCCUUUUUGCCCAAAAUGUCAUUUUAAGGUGCUCCAAAGCUUUUUUCUGUCAUUUUUUGUAAUUUAUUUUUGUUUCAUAGUAUAGUAGUUUCUUAUUUUUAUUCAGUUUAAUCACAUGAUUUCUCAAUUUGCAGUACAUUUGCCAAUCGGUUGUACAGCCAGACUUAUUUGCCAUUCCUUUUGCCUCAUCCCUCUCAACAAUAACAUUUUUCAAUUCCUUGUCAAUCCACGGGGAUUUAACAGUUUUUACAGUCAUUUUCUUAAUGGGUGCAUUCUUAUUAGUAACUGGAAUAAGCAAUUUCAUAAAUGUGUCAAGUGCAGCGUCUGGUUGCUCCUCAUUACACACCACAGACCAACAAAUAUUCAACAUAGGAAUCACUACAAAACUUAUUGUAUGACCUCUUAUUAGGCCCAGCCUUUGGCACUUUGGUUUUCCUAGAUAUGGCUACUAUAUUGUGAUCAAUACAUCCGAUGGAUUUGGAUACUGCUUUAAAGCACAUUUUUGCAGCAGUAGUAAAGAUGUGAUCAAUACAUGUUGAUUAUUUAAUUCCUGUGCUGUUUUUAACUACACUGGUAGGUUGACUGAUAACCGGAACCAUGUUGCAGGCACUAGUUACAGUUUGAAGCUUUUUCUUGAGUGGACAGCUUGAUGAAUGCCAGUCCAAUAUUUUAAAUCACCCAGAAAAUAUACCUCUCUUUUGAUAUCACAUACAUUAUCAAGCAUUUCACACAUGUUAUCCAGCUAUUGACUGUUAGCACUUGGUGGUCUAUAGCAGAUUCCCACCAGAAUGGGCUUUAGGUGAGGCAGAUGAACCUGUAGCCAUAUUACUUCAACAGUAUUUAACAUAAGAUCCUCCCUAAGCUUUACAGGAAUGUGGUUCUGAAUAUAAAUGGAAACACCUCCACCUUUUGGCAUUUCUGACCCUGGAUGACCCUGGACAACACCCUGUCGUUCUCCGCCAACAUCAAGGCGGUGACCCGCUCCUGCAGGUUCAUGCUCUACAACAUUCGGAGAGUACGACCCUGCCUUACACAGGAAGCGGCACAGGUCCUGGUCCAGGCGCUUGUCAUCUCCCGUCUGGACUACUGCAACUCGCUGUUGGCUGGCCUCCCUGCCUGUGCCAUUAAACCCCUACAACUCAUCCAGAAUGCCGCAGCCCGUCUGGUGUUCAACCUUCCCAAGUUCUCUCACGUCACCCCCCUCCUCCGCACACUCCACUGGCUUCCAGUUGAAGCUCGCAUCCGCUACAAGACCAUGGUGCUUGCCUAUGGAGCAGUGAGGGGAACGGCACCUCUGUACCUUCAGGCUCUGAUCAGUCCCUACACCCAAACGAGAGUAUUGCGCUCAUCCACCUCUGGCCUGCUGGCUCCCCUUCCUCUGCGGAAGCAUAGUUCCCGCUCAGCCCAGUCAAAACUGUUCGCUGCUCUGGCACCCCAAUGGUGGAACAAGCUCCCUCACGACGCCAGGACAGCGGAGUCACUCACCACCUUCCGGAGACAUUUGAAACCCCACCUCUUUAAGGAAUACCUGGGAUAGGAUAAAGGAAUCCUUCUUCACCCCCCCCCCCCCCCCCCCCCCCCCCCCCAAUUGUAAAGUGGUUAUCCCACUGGCUAUAGGGUGAACGCACCAAUUUGUGAGUCGCUUUGGCUUAGAGCGUCUGCUAAAUGACGUUAUUGUGCCCUUGAGCAAGGCACUUAACCCUAAUUGCUCCUGUAAGUCGCUCUGGAUAAGAGCGUCUGCUAAAUGACUAAAAUGUAAAAUGUAAUUUCUGUCUUUUCUGUAGAUGUUAUAAUCAUGUAUUGCUACCACUGUAUCAUCAAAGGUAUUAUCUAAGUGAAUUUCAGAGAUUGUCAGAAUAUGAAUGGCAUCUGUUACUAGCAAAUUAUUGAUUUCAUGAACCUUGUUUCUUAAGCUACAUAUGUUAACGUGGGCUAUUUGUAGCACUUUUCUGGGAUGCUUGAUUGUUUUCAUUGCUUUACUGAGAAGCUUAGCAGAAGUAGACAUGCUCAUGUUAUUUCUGUUAGUGGAGGGUGAGCUGCACAGUGGACUUCCUACUAGGUCACACCGCCUCAGUGCUAACAGUAUAACUCUGGUUCAUAGGCACAUAAUUACUUCAUUCAAUAGCUGUAGGAUCAGCAGAGGCAUUCAGGGCAUUUAGAGGGACAGAAAUUAAUUAAGUCUUCCAAUGCCCCUGGGAUAAUGUACAUUUGCUGAAGCAUUAUGACAAUUUAGCGACACAAUGGUAGGGAUUAACUGAGCUGGGCUUGAGUCAUUGGAUCCAGGAUCCAGGAACCCAAAUGAUUUGGGUGGAUCCCAUCCUCCUUAUAAAAUUAGCUUUGUUUCCAGAAGGUAUCAAAAUUGUCACGAAAUGUUACACCCACAGAGCUGCAAUAGUCUCGUAGCCAGAUAUAGAGGGCUAAAAGUCUGCUGGAACGUUCGAUGCCACGAUGGGUAUUAUGGGAGGGUAUUAUGGGGUGUUUGUUGGUGUCAAGCAGAGACCCAAUCAGUUCUUUAAAAUCUAUCUUCAGCUGUUCUGAGCUGCCCUUCAUAAUGUCAUUGAAUCCCACAUGAACUAUGAUAGACUCAAUUUCCUGAUGCAUGUUUUAAAAUGUUUGGGAGCAGGUUAUUGAUGUCCGGUACUCGUGCUCCUGGAUAGCACAACGUUUUUGCUCCAGGGGGUGAGACAUUUCUCACCAUUGAACUGCCCAAUACAAUGGCCGGAGAAGGGGAUGGAGAAAUCCGCCCAUUCCUACCCCUCACACAAUUCGUUGACCCUUUCACGGGCCCACGAGAAGCAGGAUAGCAUACGCCCGCUACUCCCGGCGAUAGGUCCAGAUCUCCCGCAGCAGCCAGUGCCCCAGUGCCCCCCUGGAGUCAGGGACACUCCAGUCCGCUUAGCAGCUGAUUGGAGCAAUCCUCUUGAUGUUCUCCGUCUACUCCACUACAAGAUGGAGGAGGAGAAGCAGAUGGAGAUGGCUUCCUUGGCAGGCAAGUUCCAGGUAGCACAGGCUUUUUGGAUAGGGACAGAUGACAAGGCGGGGAUACAUCCAUCAGGCCCGAGCGGCGACCAGCCACAGGAGUUGAGAACGAGAGAGUUCCAAUUUGUGUUAUCCCCAUAAGUGCGCGCAGAAUUGAAAUUUGCUAGCUAAGGAUUGCCAGCUCAUUCCUUUAAUCCUCCGCAAGCAAACAAUUGCCUCAUUGGAAUUCCGGAUUGUCAAUAUUGUCCUGGACAAGCGCUUCUACAGCUCUGGAAACGUUUGUUAGCUAUUCCAGGGGAAGUGGGCUCCAUUGCAACCUUGCUAGCUAGCUGGCUAGUUGGUAGCAGGUGUUGACACAAACACUUAUGAAUAAAACUAAAUACAACUUUUGAAAAAACUGGCCCGAAACAGUAGCUCGAUGCGCAGGAUUUAUCUGAGUUCGUGAGUGGUCGGGGGUGGGGUGCAGGCUGUGAGCGUCCUGGGACACAUAGCUGGAACAGGUUGGGUUGUGGGCCCUGAGAGACCGACCCGGUGGGACAGCUACCCACGUCAUGGUAUUGUCUCUGCACAGGAGGGAUGCUUCCUGUGUUUGACCUUCUCCAGCUGAUACGAGGACAGAUUAAUCAGUGUCUGUGUGUGAGAGAAUAAAUGUUCUGUCAGAUAAAGAUACAAAUCUGUUAGAUUGUUUAUAGAAAUGAAUAAACAUGGGUGAACAACAGUUUAAUUCAGAGAUAUUGUUAUUCAGAUGUCUUUCUCCAUUGUGUAUGCUGACCAUAGCGGUCUGUCUCGUUUUGUUUACAGGAACCAUUUGAGGAUGGCUUCGCCAACGGGGAUGAGCUGACACCGGCCGAGGAGGCCGCAGCCAAGGAGGCGGCCGAGCCUAAGGGAGCGGUCAAGUUCGGAUGGAUCAAAGGGGUGCUGGUGAGUGGUCAACCGACAGACUCUGUUGGACCUUUUGGAUCUCCUGAGAGCUUUGUCCUCCUGGUUACCUUUUGUAAUGUGACACAAUGUGACGUUUCCCCAUCAACAUCCCUCUAUUUCGAUUUCCAUCUCCCCCUCCCUUUAAAUGUCUACACUUUCUGCCUUUUCUCUGUGACCCCUGCCUCUACCAUUGCUACUGCAUCAUAAGCACUUCUCUUUUUAGUUCUGACAUUGUAGGGAAUGCAGUGUCCUCAAGUUAUUCUUGAACACAAUGUUCAAUGGCAUAGAUGUAAAUCCUGACUGUACGUGCAUUUCAAGUCAGGAUUUUGACCAUAGUAUAUUUUUCUGCCCGCUCAUUCAAAGUACAGAGAAAUUCAUUCAGGACCCCACAAUCAAGCAAGGCCUCUUCAGUAUUAAGUUCCCAGGUGGUUACUACGAAUUAUUUGGAUUUCAAAUAUCAAUAUGCACAUAUCAUUCGAUUUAAGAUUCCCUUGGCUGUCUAAGCGUAUUUUAUCAGAUCCUAUAGCAGUCAAAGAGGAACCUCAAUAAUUGAGAUGUAUGUGUGUGAGUCGAUCACACUCUACUCAAGAUUCUGUGCUACUAGCAAGAAUUGCUUUGGUGAUUAAUCCUUCGAGGUCUGUACAGGCCAUAGAAUGUUUCUGAGAGUCUAGUGUAAGAAUCUGGCAGGGUUGUAUGAAUUUGUCACACAUUACAUAAAGUAUCCAAAAUGUUAAGUAUUUUUAACUACAUUCAUGACAACUAGUAGAAACAGUUUAUUUAAAGCCAUUUCCACUUUGUUUGAAGUUCUGACAGAUGAUGUGCAGCACACUUAGUUCUUUCUCAGAAAAUCUGUUUCUUGUUACCCAGCUUGUAUUUUGACAUGUAAAAGCCUUCCUUCCUCUCCUUCCUCAUCAUCUGUGCUCUCUCACUCAUCUGACUGUUUUAAUAGCAGCAGGGCUGUGACGGUCAUGGAAUUUUGGAUGACUGUUAUUGGCCAGCCAAAUGACCGCAGUCACUGUAAUAGCCGUUAGAAUAGCAUGUGCUGCCAUAGAAAUAAAAAGAAUAGAACGGGUUUCCCCAUUCAAGUCAAUGAUGGCAUAAUGGGUGGACUGGCGGCCAUUGCGAGUGUACCCAUAGAAGCAAAGCAGGAAGUAAAAGCAGGAAGUGUACCCAUCAAUUUGUGCUGCAUUGUCUCAUCAGAUGGCGAUGCUCAUCCUGCAACCGAUUUAUCUUGUAGGACGCGGAACUCAUAUUCAAAUUUGAAUAUUGAGCAUCCACCAUUAUAAAAUGAAAACAUUAGUUCCUAAAAAGAAAUGUAUAUCACUGCGCUCUCGUAUGACUCUCCAUGAAAUAGGCAGAAUAACUUGCUAGCUAAAUUAUUACAAACGUUGUGACAGGUACUAGUUUUUAAUUGUGAGAAAAUAAAAACUAACCAGAUGACUAUCUCCUGCACAAAUUCUGUGCAAGGACGUUGGUCGCCAGUGCAGUGACUUGAUCCGCUGUGUAGCCAACUGUUGUAGCUAGCUAGCUUACUGACAUAGCUAGCUAGCUAGUCAGCUAGCUCUUCCUUCACUGACAUAAAAAGCUUGCUUAGCCUGUUUAAAUUACCCUGAAGUUGUAGACAUGCAGCCCCACAAUUAAGAGUAACUGACUUAUCAGAAAUCGGUCUGUAGAUCAGCAUGUUUCUCCGCGAUAGUAUUGUUGGGUCAGCUGAGCACAGCAGCUGACUCGGGAGGCUACUGCAAUGACUUGUGGUAGAAGAACAGCUGCUUCAUGAAACAUCAUAAUGUAAGCAUUAUCACUACUAGCUGCAGUAGCUUGAUAGCUAGCAUUUGUUGGAAGAUUAAGCAUUGUGUGUGCAGCACUAAGUAGGUAGCUGGUUGUUUAGCAGCAUCGUUUCAGUCAAAGAAGAUUUCAGUGACUGGCUCCGUUGUUGCCAACAAAUUAUGCUAGCUUUCGUGCCCAUAGUAAAACUUCAGAAGUACUGCUCAUUGAAGCACAAUAUUCCUUAGCUAGAUGUAAAAUGGGGCGACUCAGACUUCCACACCAAAAAAAAUAAACAUUUAUUGUUUCAGCUUAGAUUAUUUCAGGCAGUUCUGAAGCAGAAAUGGGGUUCAGUAGAUGAUGUCACCUAGGUAAUAUUUUUCAAUGUUGUGGCAGCCCAUUGUAGCCGGACUAUGUUUGAUCCAAAUCAAAUCUCAUUUUAUUGGCCACAUGCGCCGAAUACAACAGGUGUAGACAUUACAGUGAAAUACUUACUUACAGCCCUUAACCAACAAUGCAUUUAUUUUUUAAAUAAAAAAGUAAAAUAAAACAACAAAGUGUUGAGAAAAAAAGAGCAGAAGUAAAAUAAAAUAACAGUAGUGGGGUAACAGUGCAGAGUCAAUGUGCGGGGGCACCGGCUAGUUGAGGUAGUUUAGGUAAUAUGUACAUGUGGGUAGAGUUAAAGUGACUAUGCAUAAAUAAUUAACAGAGUAGCAGCAGCAUAAAAAGAUGGGGUGGGGGUGGGGGGGCAGUGCAAAUAGUCCGGGUAGCCAUGAUUAGCUGUUCAGGAGUAUUAUGGGUUGGGGUAGAAGCUGUUGAGAAGUCUUUUGGACCUAGACUUGGCACUCCAGUACCGCUUGCCGUGCGGUAUCAGAGAGAACAGUCUAUGACUAGGGUAGCUGGAGUCUUUGACAAUUUUGAGAACCUUCCUCUGACACCGCCUGGUAUAGAGGUCCUGGAUGGCAGGAAGCUUGGCCGUACGCACUACCCUCUGUAGUGCCUUGUGGUCGGAGGCCGAGCAGUUGCCAUAUCAGGCUGUGAUGCAACCAGUCAGGAUGCUCUCGAUGGUGCAGCUGUAGAAUUUUUUGAGGAUCUGAGGACCCAUGCCAAAUCUUUUCAGUCUACUGAGGGGGAAUAGGCUUUGUUGUGCCCUCUUCACAACUGUCUUGGUGUGUUUGGACCACGAUAGUUUGUUGGUGAUGUGGGCACCAAGGAACUUGAAGCUCUCAACCUGUUCCACUACAGCCCCGUCGAUGAGAAUGGGGGUGUGCUCAGUCCUUUUUUUUCCUGUAGUCCACAAUCUUCUCCUUUGUCUUGGUCACGUUGAGGGAGAAGUUGUUAUCCUGGCACCACACGGCCAGGUCUCUGACCACCUGCCUAUAGGUUGUCUCAUCGUUGUCGGUGAUGAGGCCUACCAUUGUUGUGUCAUCGGCAAACUUAAUGAUGGUGUUGGAAUCGUGCCUGGCCAUGCAGUCAUGGGUGAACAGGGAGUACAGGAGGGGACUGAGCACGCACCCCUGAGGGGCCCCCGUGUUGAGGAUCAGUGUGGGAGAUGUGUUGUUACCUACCUGGGGGCGGCCCGUCAGGAAGUCGAGGAUCCAGUUGCAGAGGGAGGUGUUUAGUCCCAGGAUCCUUAGCUUAGUGAUGAGCUUUGAGGGCACUAUGGUGUUGAAUGCUGAGCUGUAGUCAAUGAAUAGCAUUCUCACGUAGGUGUUUAUCUUGUCUAGGUGGGAAAGGGCAGUGUGGAGUGCAAUAGAGAUUGCAUCAUCUGUGGAUCUGUUGGGGCGAUAUUCAAAUUGGAGUGGGUCUAAGGUUUCUGGGAUAAUGGUGUUGAUGUGAGCCAUGACCAGCCUUUCAAAGCACUUCAUGGCUACAGACGUCAGUGCUACGGGUCGGUAUUCACUUAGGCAGGUUAUCUUAGUGUCCUUGGGCACGGGGACUAUGGUGGUCUGCUUGAAAUAUGUUGGUAUUACAGACUCAGUCAGGGACAUGUUCAAAAUGUCAGCACAUGCUCGGAGUACUCGUCCUGGUAAUCCGUCUGGCCCUGCGGCCUUGUGAAUGUUGACAUGCUUAAAAGUCUUACUCACAUUAGCUACAGAGAGCGUGAUCACAUAGUCAUCCGGAACAGCUGGUGCUCUCAUGCAUGCUUCAGUGUUGCUUGCCUCAAAGCGAGCAUAGAAGUUGUUUAGCUCGUCUGGAAGUCUUGUGUCACUGGGCAGCUCUCGGCUGUACUUCCCUUUUGUAGUCUGUAAUAGUUUUCAAGCCCUGCCACAUCCGACGAGCGUCAGAGCCGGUGUAGUACGAUUCAUCUUAGUCCUGUACUGACUCUUUGCCUGUUAGAUGGUUCGUCAGAGGGCAUAGUGGGAUUUCUUAUAAGCGUCCAGGUUAGAGUCCCGCUCCUUGAAAGCGGCAGCUCUACCCUUUAGCUCAGUGCGGAUGUUGCCUGUAAUCCAUGGCUUCUGGUUGGGGUAUGUACGUACGGUCACUGUGGGGACGACGUCAUCGAUGCACUUAUUGAUGAAGCCAGUGACUGAUGUGGUGUACUCCUCAAUGCUAUCUGAAGAAUCCCGGAACAUGUUCCAGUCUGUGCUAGCAAAACAGUCCUGUAGCUUAGCAUCUGCGUCAUCUGACCACUUUUUUGUUAAACGAGUCACUGGUGCUUCCUGCUUUAGUUUUUGCUUAUAAGCAGGAAUCAGGAGGAUAGAGUUAUGGUCAGAUUUGCCAAAUGGAGGGCGAGGGAGAGCUUUGUAUGCGUCUCUGUGUGUGGAGUAAAGGUGGUCUAGAGUUUUUUUUUUCCCCCUCUGGUUGCACAUUUAACAUGCAGGUAGAAAUUAGGUUUACAGAUUUACAUUUCCCUGCAUUAAAGUCCCCGGCCACUAGGAGCGCUGCCUCUGGAUGAGCGUUUUCCUGUUUACUUAUGGCCUUAUACAGCUCAUUCAGUGCAAUCUUAAUGCCAGCAUUGGUUUGUGGUGGUAAAUAGACAGCUAUGAAAAAUAUAGAUGAAAACUCUCUUGGUAAAUAGUGUGGUCUACAGCUUAUCAUGAGAUACUCUACCUCAGGCGAGCAAAACCUUGAGACUUCCUUAGUAUUUGAUUUUGUGCACCAGCUGUUGUUUACAAAUAUACACAGACUGCCACCCCUUGUCUUACCGGAGUCUGCUGUUCUAUCCUGCCUAUGUAGCGUAUAGCCCGCUAGCUGUAUGUUAUCCAUGUCGUUGUUCAGCCAUGACUCGGUGAAACAUAAUAUAUUACAGUUUUUAAUGUCCCGUUGGUAGGAUAACCGUAAUCUUAGGUCAUCUAUCCCAUUAUCCUUUCCGAGGUACGAGACAGAUCAGUGCAGGUGGAAUCGACGCGCUAUCUGAUGUAAGACAAUGUAUGUGCUAUGAUUUGUUGAUUCAACUCAACUGACAGGACAAAAAAUACAUUCCAUUGCAUGAGCCACAUCAGUUAACAUAAUUUGAAUGAACAUUUUACAUUGCCAUGGAAAUUAUUGCGUCACAAUACCAGGCAGCCACUGCGAGUGUACCCAUGAGUUUACCAGUCAAAUUGCCAGGGUUAGAAGUUCCAAGCACAUUCUAUUCAUUAUAUUUCUAUGUGUGCUGCUGCUACAGUGAAGAGGGGGUGUUGCCUAGGCAACCGAAGACUCAUUUGCUACAACACCUUAAUUGUUUCAGCAAGGAGCAACAAAGUUUCAUCAUGUUAGGAGUCCAUGUUACUGCAGAAAUGGACUCAACCAUACGAAUGCCCGGCUGUCCUGUCUUCAGUCAGCAGUUUGUUCCACAAUUUAAAAAAUAAAUACAAUUACGGUUAUGACUGUUAUUUUACUUUCAUGACAAUCUUCAUCCAUAACUGUCGGUUACACGGUAAUUGUGCCAGCCCUACUUUUAUUCUGUAUUCCACAUUCUGACUAGAGAAAAGAUUCCUGGUGGGUAUGAUACUAAUCAAUGAGUUUAUGAUACUACUCAAUGACAAGAUAUUUGCACUGAAAUUGAUAAAAUGUGGUAGAUACUGAUUAAUGUUCUUAGAGGUUGACAGUGAUUUGAUUUUAGAUUAGGCUGGUUAUUAAAUGUUCAAUUUUCCUUACAUCAGCCUUGGCCAGGUUUUCAAAUGUUAUCUUUUAAAGACGAGGGCUAGUCGGGCAGCCAACAUUUCUUUUCACGUCAUAGCAAAAUUUUAUAUUCUGUAUUUCAUUGUUGUCCAAAGAGUUUUCCAAUUUAUAUUAGGACUUAAAUCACUGUUUGAACCUUUCUUCUAACCUUAAGUUGCAAUCUUGGUGCUCGUAGCAAUUUUUAAGACAAGUCGGUGAAACUGCUACUUUCACUAGGUUUGGAAUUGUGCCAUUAACAUUCAUUCAGGCCAAAUUGUGAUUGAAUCCUGCAUCAGGUCUUGGACAUCUAGUGGAUUCCCACCAGCAAUGUUCCAAGGCCAGGUUAUUGGAAAGCACUUUGUUGGGUGAAGUGUUCCCAUUACCAGACAUGCAUCCUAACUGCCACCCCUUCCUUUGUGCAGGUGCGCUGCAUGUUGAACAUUUGGGGCGUGAUGCUCUUCAUCCGCAUGUCAUGGAUCGUGGGCCAGGCGGGAAUUGGUAAGACUACACCAUGGAGUAGAUCUUGGAGUUCAUGUGAAUUACUGUUUUAAUUCACACACAACGUCACCCCGAACCCCCAGCCAACCGACCAAACCACCCCUCUUUCUCCCAUCACCUUUCGACCAUUUUACCAUCCAGAUGCGAAAUGCUGCCUCACGGCAACCCAUGCAGGCAACUGUCACGCACUAGCUUGUUUUUGUAGCGGUGCCCGCUACGAUUCACAGGCCAUCUAACCCUAACCCAUGUGUGAAUACCAGGAGAGGUAGAGCGAGUGAGAGAGAAAGAGGCUCAACAAGCAAGUUAGCUGCUUAUUGAUGCUCAUUAUUGCAGUUAUUUGCCUCCUAGGUGUUUGUAGAAAAUGUUAAUGCUGAUUUUGUUUUGUCGCUAGUUAAUCAUGUCCUCCAUUUUCUUUCAGUUCUCUCCUGUGUGAUCGUUCUCAUGGCAACAGUUGUGACCACCAUCACCGGCCUUUCGACCUCAGCGAUUGCGACCAACGGCUUUGUACGAGGAGGUAUGAACCUUUGCAUCUUUAAAGGUCCAAUGCAGCCAUUUUUAUCUUAAUAUCAAAUCGUUUCUGGGUAACAAUUAAGUACCUUACUGUGAUUGUUUUCAAUUAAAAUGGUCAAAAAGAAACAUGGCUUUUAACAAAGAGCAAUUUCCUAAGCAAGACUUUUGCUUGAAAUGUCUGGGAGUGGUCUGAGUGGUGAGGGGAGAACUUUCCGUGAGUGUGGACGUUUACGUUUUUUUUCUUGCCCAGAGUGAGGCUUUUAUUAGCAAACGUGAAGAUAAGCCGGCGACUGUAAAAGUAUUUACAAAAACAAACAGGACGAUGAACAAAAAGGUAGGCCUAAUAAACUCAAAAGAAAACCCAGGCUCCAAUCAUGCCUGUAAACCCUGCAGCAUGCCAACCUGUUACCUGUCUAUUCAGUUCAUAAACAUAUGUAUUCAUACCAGCACACAUAUUAAUAAAUGUGCUUCUCAUGAAUCAUUAACCGUUUACAAUGUCUGGUUAUUUAUAAUAAGGCUUUAGAUUAGGUGACGGAGGACAUAAGGAUGAUCAUCAGUGUUUUUGUAAAAUGUUCAGUGGAAAAUGUUUGACACAUUUUAAAGUGAAAAAUCUGAGUCUUGGCAUCAACCUGUUAUCGUGGAAUUGCCCUUUACCGUUUUUACCAGCGCUGUCUGAUCUUGGCACUUCCAAACACUAGACUAGACUAUUGGUGCAUAGAAAUGAGCCUCUCACAUCAAUAGAUUUUAAUACUGUAGAAAAAAAUUAAUCAUUCAAGAGAUGGCUCUCCCAACAGUCUGCUUAGUGCUCAGUUUUGCAUUCAUAAUUCCACAUUCAUAUAUUUAUCAUGAUACAUGACUGAUGAAAGUUGUGCAAGGUCGCUUCAUGCUGAUUUUUUAUUUACAGUGUGGUUUUGUUCUUACCUUUUCUUGGCAUGUUUGGAUGAAUGGGGCUGAGGGCUCCCACGCUAGUCUUAUUUAGGCUAACCUUUUAACUUUUCUCUGGAAUCCAUUUAAACGUGCAUCCCGCAGAGCAGUGGCCGGCUCACGUGACAUUUGCUUAGUCUCCUGUGUUUGGAUAUGGAAUUAGGUUUCUUGUACAGGUGUGAUUUUUAGCAGCUGGACUUGGCUAUCAUUAUUACCAUCAUGCACGGAACUGAAGAUGUAUUAUCGGUUGAGGGCCUCAAUGAGAUGUUCCCUGAUUAAUUUGGAGUCGAAUGAAGGAGGGGGAAAACACUGUCCACACAUUGGUCCCAGUUGUCGCAGCAUGAGGGGAAAUUCAAUAUUGUGUUUCUAAAUUCGCAGCAGUUCUCCCUCAAGUCACUGAAAGAGACCAGUGCUGGCAGGGAGGUCUGAAAUGGAUGUUAGGACACUCUCCACAUGGGCGAGGGCAAGGGAAAACAAAAUAUUUAGUUUAAAAUGUCCUGGUGAUGAAAUCAUAUUGUAGUAAAGGAUAUUUGUGUUUUCUGCAGGGUACUCCUCCUGGAGACUGCAUAUUCGAUUCAUUCUCGUAAGGUUUCACACUACCACAGCCAGAUUGUUUUCGACUACAGGCGGCAAGAGAGGCUCCAUAUAGUGGCUAUUGUUUUGUCUAGAACAGCACAGUAACCAAAGCAUGCACACUAUCUAGUUUCAACAUCCGCUCCUCCAUGAAUUGAUUUUCUUUCGAAGUGGGCUAAUCCAUUACCCUUCGGUAGAAUGCUAAAACUUUUCACAAAGGCUAAAACCUUUUUUUGCCCCUUGGUAAUAUUACAUUUACAUUUAAGUCAUUUAGCAGACGCUCUUAUCCAGAGCGACUUACAAAUUGGUGCAUUCAACUUAGGAUAGCCAGUGGGACAACCACAUCUUGAUCACAGUAAGUACAUUUCUUUAAACAAGUCAGUGCUAGCAGGUGAAAUAAGUCAGGUGUUAGUUUAGACAAAAGACAGUGGUUGUAGAGGGGGGGGGGGGGGGGGUAGAAGGAUUACUAUUAUACUAUUCCAGGUAUUCCUUAAAGAGGUAGGGUUUCAAGUGUCUCCGGAAGGUGGUCAGUAACUCCGCUGUCGUGGGGGAGCUUGUUCCACCAUUGGGGUGCCAGAGCAGCGAAUAGCUUUGACUGGGUUGAGCGGGAACUGUGCUUCCGUAGAGGUUGGGGGGCUAGCAGGCCCUCGUUUGGGUGUAGGGUCUGAUCAGAGCCUGAAGGUAAGGAGGUGCCAUUCCCCUCACAGCUCCGUAGGCAAGCACCAUGGUUUUGUAGUAGAUGCGAGCUUCAACUGGAAGCCAGUGGAGUGUGCGGAGGAGCGGGGUGACGUGAGAGAACUUGGGAAGGUUGAACACCAGACGGGCUGCAGUGUUCUGGAUAAGGUGCAGGGGUUUAAUGGCACAGGCAGGGAGCCCAGCCAACAGCGAGUUGCAGUAAUCCAGGCGGGAGAUGACAAGUGCCUGGAUUAGGACCUGUGCCGCUUUCUGUGUAAGGUAGGGUUGUACUCUAUGAAUGUUGUAGAGCAUGAACCUGCAGGAUCGGGUCACCGCUUUGAUGUUAGCAGAGAACGACAGGGUGUUGUCCAGGGUCACGCCAAGGUUCUUUGCACUCUGGGAGGAGGACACAAAGGAGUUGUCAACCGUGAUGGCGAGAUCAUGGAGCGGGCAGUCCUUCCCCGGGAGGAAGAGCAGCUCCGUUUUGCCGAGGUUCAGCUUGAGGUGGUGAUCCGACAUCCACACUGAUAUGUCUGCCAGACAUGCAGAGAUGCGAUUUGCCACCUGGAUAUCAGAAGGGGGAAUGGAGAAAAUGUAAUAUCUGUAACAUGUUCAAACAAACAUUUGCCUAAGUGAAAGUUCCUCCUGCUGCUACUGCACCUGCUCUAGCAAAGUAAAGUUGGUGCACUAUGAUGCAGUAAAAUUAGUUAUUUGUCGUCUGUCAAGAGUAGAUUGAAAUCACAUGCCAUUCGUAGGGAUUAAUGUAAUACUCCCAAUUACAGCACCGUGUAGGAUUUUAAUCCCAUCCAAACUAAUAUUUCCACAUAUUCCAGUUAUUCCCACAUCUCCCUCCAAAUGGUCUCUCAAUAUCAAAAUGUCCCUUUUACAGAGGGCAAAUCAAAAUGUGCUCUCUAAAAGUUUGACUUUCAAGGGAUAUUCCUGAACGGUUGUUUAAUUUGACGUACUGAUGUUGACGCUUGAGUGGACUUGUGUAGGUGGAACGAAUAGAGCCAGCAAAAUAUCCCCCAUGUGCUCAAGCAUGACCCCACAUUCAUUUCUCCACCCACGCAUGCCCUCACAGAUGUAGUCCCCUGUAGCUCAGUUGGUAGAGCAUGGCGCUUGCAAUGCCAGGGUUGUGGGUUCGUUUCCCACAGGGGGGCCAGUAUGAAAAUGUAUGCACUCACUAACUGUACAUGUACUCUGGAUAAGAGCGUCUGCUAAAUUACUAAAAAUGUAAAUGAGUCGUUUUGGUUCCUGCCUUUGUCUUGUCCCCCACUCGUGUCUGUAUGAUCACUUGAGGUGCUCUCCAAAGCUAUCAGCAGAGAGGUCAUAUAAAGAGAGAUCAACGAGGAACACUACUCGGACUGUCGCACUACGAACUCAUUGUGCAGUUAAAUGUGUCAAUUAAUUUGGCUCCCAUCUUGGAGCCCCUCCAUCCUUUCCACUCAUUUGAGCAGACAUGUUGUUUUAAGGGUGUCGUUGAGGUGAGUGGACUAGGCUGUACUGCAGUUAGUAUUACUGAUGUAUGUAAAUUAAAUAGGCUAGCCUACAUAUAACAGUUAUUUGAUUAAACGAUUUGUGUUUCACCUUUCAUUUAAAAAUGCUUUGUCCAUCUGUCUGUCUUUGCAGGAGGGGCAUAUUAUUUGAUAUCCAGAAGUUUGGGGCCAGAGUUUGGCGGCUCCAUUGGUCUGAUCUUUGCCUUUGCCAACGCUGUGGCCGUCGCCAUGUACGUGGUGGGCUUCGCCGAGACGGUUGUGGAGCUCCUCGGAGUAAGUCACCCAAUCCAUCCCCACGUCACCAUCCAAGAUCAACACUUUCUUUCACAGUUUUAUUGGUUACUUUGUUCACUUUGAUGAAAUCUUUGGUUUUCCCUCAAAAGUUUAUCAUGAAGAUUCAAUAAUGCUUCUUUUUAACACCAUUGUUUCAACAUCUCUAAUAAGCGUAAUCUCAUUUCGGUAAGGGAUGCUUUGGGUCUCCUGAUGUUCAGUGUUUAUUCUUGGGUUGUUUGCAAGGAGGACUAAAAACCCACUGUUUUUAGGGGCGGCUCAUGCAAAGGUAAUAAUGAUGACUCAUCCUAAUCCUUCCUCCACACACGACCUAUUGGUUAUUCCUUGGUCACAGAUGAGGGCAGUAGUUUUGCACUUUGCUGAUUGAAGCGUGCCAUUAGUGUCAAGUGUAAGCAGCAUUAAAUUGAUUUGAGGAUAAUUAAUUGUUGUUUUCUCUGUUCAUCAGACUUUCAUGCCCCUGAAUUUGUUUUGCGUUUCAGUAGUGUUCUUUUUUAAAUUCCACGUUUGGUAAUAAAAUUAGGUCAGAUGUCUUUCUGCCUUUUUAGAUGGGGUUGGUUAAUUGUUUAUGUUGCAUUUUAAUUAAAAGUCUAUCAAAAUAUUUGCAGUGCUUUUUCAACUAGCCAGUAUCAUAGGAACAUGGGAUGAAUUUGAGAGGAUUUCUCCUACCUCUUGCUCUGACAGUGAAGUUGAUAUUCUCCUGUGAUUUCUCACAGAGCGUGGAUUGUAUCAUGACGGAUGAGAUCAAUGACAUCCGAAUCAUCGGCACCAUCACAGUCAUCCUUCUCCUGGGUAUCUCCGUGGCAGGGAUGGAAUGGGAAGCUAAGGUAAGAUAACAUACAACUAGGUUUGGUUGAAUAGAGCCCUCAGUCAUAGUUUCUAUCUAGAACUUAAGGUGAUAUUGAACUGCAACUCAUCUCUGACGUCAAGCUGAAAUUGACCUAAAAUAAGCAGAAUUCCUUCCAGACUGACUGAAUGCAGACAUUGAUGUGCAGUAGGCUAGAUGUAAUGCAUGCUCUGUUUUGUGGUUAAUGCUAGUUGGGAGGUGUGGUGAAAGUGUAGCUAACAUGUCCAAAUGUUCAUUCUGUCCACAGGCUCAGAUAUUCCUGCUGGUCGUUCUGAUCACGGCCAUCUUCAACUACUUCAUCGGCUCCUUCAUCCCCCUCAAGUCCAAGGAGUCGCAGGGCUUCUUUGGCUAUGACAGUACGACCCUCUUUGGUUCUCCCUUUACACAACACGAACUGACAUGACUGUCAAGCUAAAGUAAAGACUGUCCAAGACGUGUCAAGGGAAAUUAGAUUGUCACACUACCGGCGGUUUCGUUGUGGAGCUAUGAUUCUGAAUUUAUGUAUUCUUCUCUGAACUCAUGAUCUACAUGACUACUGUACGCGGCAUGAAGCACUGGCUACUCCUUAAAGUUGUACUAGAGAUUUUUGCUGAAAUCACAAGACCAAACCAGUUGGAUUAUUUGAAAUUCACUUUGCGACCUGAUUCCCAACUCUAAGAUCAACUGAUCGAGUCUGAUUGUCCUAAGAUGCACACUGCAUGCUGUGUAACUCUUGCUCUCUCAUGCGUUCUCUCUUGUUCUGCUCACCCCACCUUUCUCUCUAUUGCUCUCUCCCCCCUGCUCUCUUGCUCUAAGGUGCAAUUAUGAUGGAGAACAUGGGUCCGGACUUCCGAGGCACAGAGUCGUUUUUCUCCGUCUUUGCCAUCUUCUUCCCUGCAGCCACUGGCAUUCUGGCCGGCGCCAACAUCUCAGGAGAUCUUUCUGUAAGAACCCCUGGUCAUUGUUUAAAAAAAAUCACAAACAAGCAGAUUACUUAUCCCAAUCCAUAUAAAAUGGAUGAAAUCAAUGGAACUCAUAUUGUCUUGAUUAAAGGCUUAAUGUGUGGGACUUUAUAUGAAAUCAGUGUGGGGGACUAGGCAUUUCUUUAAAUUCACAGGACCCACAACUGUCCAUUCCAAGAGGAACACUCUUAGCCAUUCUGAUCACUGGCAUUGUCUACCUGGGGGUUGCCAUUUCUACUGGUAUGUGGAAUUUCUUCUAAUUUGCCCCCAACAAGACCGAAUAAAUUAUACAGAUUACAGAUAGAGAGUUUGUGAGAAUUUGUAUUUGUCUCUUGUUUCUCAUUAAAGGCUCUUGCAUCGUGAGAGACGCCACAGGAAACGACAAUGACACACUCAGCGCUCAGUUCAUGGCCAACUGCACUGACGCCGCCUGCAAGUUUAGCUAUGACUUCUCCUCCUGCAAGGGUGUCGAUGGCCAGUACAACUGCAGAUAUGGACUCCAGAACGACUUCCAGGUACACUACAUGACUACACUACAAAGCAUGUGGACACCUGCUCGUCGAACAUCCAAUUAAAAAAUCAUGGCCAUUAAUAUGGAGUUGGUCCCCCCUUUGCUGCUAUAACAGCCUCCACUCUUCUGGGAAGGCUUUCCACUAGAUGUUGGAACAUUGCUGUGGGGACUUGCUUCCAUUCAGCCACAAGAGCAUUAGUGAGGUCGGGCACUGAUGUUGGGCGAUUCGGCCUGGCUCGCAGUCUGCGUUCCAAUUCAUCCCAAAGGUGUUCGAUGGAGUUGAGGUCAGGGCUCUGUGCAGGCCAGUCAAAUUCUAACACAUCGAUCUCGACAAACAAUUUCUGUAUGAACUUUACUUUCUGCACAGGGGCAUUGUCUUGCUGAAACAGGAAAGGGCCUUCCUGUUUCAGGAAUAUUUCCCUUCGCUGGAACUAAGGGUCCUAGCCUGAACCAUGAAAAACAGCCCCAGAACAUUAUUCCUCCUCCACCAAACUUUACAGGUGGCACUAUCCAUUGGGGCAGGUAGCUUUCUCCUGGCAUCCGCCAAACCCAGAUUUGUCUGUCAGACUGCCAGAUGGGUGCACCCCCCUAUCCACAUCGACAGGACCGCAGUGGAGAAGGUGGAAAUCUUCAAGUUCCUUGGCAUACACAUCACUGAGAAACUGAAAUGGUCCACCCACACAGACAGUGUGGUGAAGAAGGCGCAACAGAGCCAUUUUGUGGCAAUAUCUAUUUUUACAUUUACAUUUACUUCAUUUAGCAGACGCUAUUAUCCAGAGCGACUUACAAAUCGGUGCAAUCGACUUACGAUAGCAAGUGGGACAAGCACUUUUUUUUUUUUUUUUAUGGGGGCGGGGGAGGAGGGGGGGGGGGGGGGGGGGGUAGUAGAAGUAUUGCUUUAUACUAUUCCAGGUAUUCCUUAAAGAGGUAGGGUUUCAAGUGUCUCCGGAAGGUAGUCAGUGACUCCGCUGUCGUGGGGGAGCUUGUUCCACCAUUGGGGUGCCAGAGCAGCAAAUAGCUUUGACUGGGCUGAGCGGGAACUGUGCUUCUGUAGAGGUAGGGGAGCUAGCAGGCCAGAGGUGGAUGAACGUAGUGCCCUCGUUUGGGUGUAGGGUCUGAUCAGAGCCUGAAGGUAAGGAGGUGCCGUUCCCCUCACAGCUCCGUAGGCAAGCACCAUGGUAUUGUAGUAGAUGCGAGCCUCAACUGGAAGCCAAUGGAGUGUGCGGAGGAGCGGGGUGACAUGAGAGAACUUGGGAAAGUCGAACACCAGACGGGCUGCUACGUUCUGGAUAAGUUUUAGGGGUUUAAUGGCACAGGCAGGGAGCCCAGCCAACAGUGAGUUGCAGUAAUCCAGAAGGGAGAUGACAAGUGCCUGGAUUAGGACCUCUGCCGCUUUCUGUGUAACGUAGGGUCGUACUCUGCAAAUGUUGUAGAACAUGUACCUGCAGGAUCGGGUCACCACUUUGAUGUUAGCAGAGAACGACAGGGUGUUGUCCAGGGUCACGUCAAGGCUCUUUGCACUCUGGGAGGAGGACACAAUGGAGUUGUCAACCGUGAUGGCGAGAUCAUGGAGCGGGCAGUCCUUCCCAAGGAGGAAGAGCAGCUCCGUCUUGCUGAGGUACAGUUUGAGGUGGUGAUCCGACAUCCACACUGAUAUUUCUGCCAGACAUGCAGAGAUGCAAUUCGCCACCUGGUUAUCAGAAGGGGGAAAGGAGAAAAUUAAUUGUGUCGUCUGCGUAGCAAUGAUAGGAGAGACCAUGUGAGGAUAUGACAGAGCCAAGUGACUUGGUGUAUAGAGAGAAUAGGAGAGGGCCUAGAACUGAGCCCUGGGGGACACCAGUGGUGAGAGCACGUGGUGCGGAGACAGAUUCUCGCCACGCCACCUGGUAGGAGCGACCUGUCAGGUAGGACACAAUCCAAGAGUGAGCAGCGCCGGAGAUGCCCAACUCGGAAAGGGUGGAGAGGAGGAUCUGAUAGUUCACAGUAUCAAAGGCAGCGGAUAGGUCUAGAAGGAUAAGAACAGAGGAGAGAGAGUUAGCUUUAGCAGUGCGGAGAGCCUCCGUGACAGAGAAGAGCAGUCUCAGUUGAAUGACCAGUUUUAACCUGACUGGUUUGGAUCAAGAAGGUCAUUCUGAGAGAGAUAGCAGGAGAGUUGGCUAGAGACGGCACACUCGAGUUUUGGAGAGAAAAGAAAGAAGGGAUACUGGUCUGUAGUUGUUGACAUCGGAGGGAUUGAGUGUAGGUUUUUUGAGGAGGGGUGCAACUCUCGCUCUCUUGAAGACGGAAGGGACAUGGCCAGCGGUCAAGGAUGAGUUGAUGAGCGAGGUGAGGUAAGGGAGAAGGUCUCCGGAAAUGGUCUGGAGAAGAGAGGAGGGGAUAGGGUCAAGCGGGCAGGUUGUUGGGUGGCCGGCCGUCACAAGUCGCAAGAUUUCAUCUGGAGAAAGAGGGGAGAAAGAAGUCAAAGCAUAGGGUAGGGCAGUGUGAGCAGGACCACCGGUGUCAUUUGACUUAAUAAAUGAGGAAGUCAUCCACAGAGAGGGGGGGGGGAGGAGGAGGAGGAUUCAGCAGAGCAGGAGGGGAGGACCGAGCCGGCCGGGAGGAUAGGGGACAUAGAGAGUCAAAAGAUGCAUAAAGGGAGGAGAGGAGGGUUGAGGAGGCAGAAUCAGGAGAUCGGAGGGAGAAGGAUUGAGCAGAGGGAAGAGAUGAUAGGAUGGAAGAGGAGAGAGUAGCGGGAGAGAGAGAGCGAAGGUUGCGAUGGCACAUUACCAUCUGAGUAGGGGCAGAGUGCGUAGUGUUGGAGGAGAGCGAGAGAGAAAAGGAUACAAAGUAGUGGUCGGAGACUUGGAGGGGAGUUGCAGUGAGAUUAGUAGAAGAACAGCAUCUAGUAAAGAUGAGUUCAAGCGUAUUGCCUGCUUUGUGAGUAGGGGGGGACGGUGAGAGGGUGAGGUCAAAAGAGGAAAGGAGUGGAAAUAAGGAGGCAGAGAGAAAUUAGUCAAAGGCAGACGUAGGGAGGUUAAAGUCACCCAGAACUGUGAGGGGUGAGCCAUCCUCAGGAAAGGAACUUAUCAAGGCGUCAAGCUCAUUGAUGAACUCUCCAAGGGAACCUGGAGGGCGAUAAAUGACAAGGAUGUUAAGCUUGAAUGGGCUAGUGACUGUGACCGCAUGUAAUUCAAAUGAGGAGAUAGACAGAUGGGUCAUGGGAAAAAGAGAGAAUGUCCACUUUGGAGAGAUGAGGAUUCCUGUGCCACCGCUGCGCUGACCAGAUGCUCUCGGGGUAUGCGAGAACUCAUGGUUAGACGAGGAAAGAGCAGUAGGAGUAGCAGAGUUUUCUGUGGUAAUCCAUGUUUCCGUCAGCGCCAAGAAGUCGAGGGACUGGAGGGUAGCAUAGGCUGAGAUGAACUCUGCCUUGUUGGCCGCAGAACGGCAGUUCCAGAGGCUGCCAGAGACCUGGAACUCCACGUGGGUCGUGUGCGCAGGGACCACCAGAUUAGAGUGGCAACAGCCACGUGGUGUGACGCGUUUGUAUGGCCUGUGCAGAGAGGAGAGAACAGGGAUAGACAGACCAUAGUUGACAGGCUACAGAGAAAGGCUACAAUAAUGCAAAAGAGAUCGGAAUGAAAUGUACUAAAUAUCUGGGAAAGCGAGAGAGCAGGGCCUCCCUCACUUACGUUUCACUGAAACACUCAAAUAUAACUCUCCCAACUUCCACUUUAGAAAUUAUAAGUGUUGUAAACUAUAGCGGUUCAAUGUUUCUAAGAAUAGACUCUAACUUAGUUUAUUCAGCUAGCUAACUUGGUACACCGAAUCAUAUGACGCCAAAGCCAACUAGCAUGCCAGCCUCCAAUAACACGGUUUAGCACCAAUACUCGGUUACAACAAACCACCAGUGUGUUAACACGCCAAGCAGAUCAUUCGUGUCCGUGUCUAACGUUGUGUAAGGUUUUGGGGUAGUUUUGACAGUUUGAGUGAGUACGUCGUGAACUUAUUCAGCCAGUUAGUUAGCUAGAAUAGUUAGCAUACUAGCUAGCCAUUGCUCUCUGCCAACAUAACUAACCCCUCCUCCCACGGCACGAACACACAGAGAGCCAAGCUAACGUUAGCUAGUCACCCAUGUCCCGAAUUCCCUUGAACGACUCUGGUUACCAGUAUGUAAAAACAAAACAAAAAUAAAUGUAGGUUAUAGCUUACCCUUAGUAGCUACUGUUAGCCAGUUAAGUGCAAAGGUAGCCACUGAAUCGAUUCAGCCAGUUCGCGUCUGUCCCAACGGAGAGAAACGUCUCCAAAUAUUAACGCUAGGUCGUUCCAGCUAUUGUUUAGUUAGCUAUCCAGGUAUCCUCUGUAGCUCAGCUGGUAGAGCACGGCGCUUGUAACGCCAGGGUAGUGGGUUCGAUCCCCGGGACCACCCAUACACAAGAAUGUAUGCACGCAUGACUCUAAGUCGGUUUGGAUAAAAGCGUCUGCUAAGUGGCAUAUUAUUAUUAUUACAUUUCGAGUACAGUAGCUACUAACUACCUAACGUUAACGCUUCAGAAAAUGAGGUAAGAAAAACAGCUGAAUGGUAGGUAGCUAGUUGGCAUAAUUACAGGUACUCUUAAGCGUGGAAUAACAUUGGAAACAACUAUCCACAGUUGCUAAUAGUUACCAGUAGCUACCCGCUAGCUAGCUAGCUUUAUUGGUCCAGGUAGUGAGUUAGCUAGCUACGUGCUUCACCGGGCUCAGUCGAAUACAAUACUUACCUACAAUAAUUACCUACAAUAACCUACAAUAACUACCUAGAUAAACAACCUACAAUACCUAACUACAAUACCUACCUACCUACAAUCUAAAUACAUGGUUUAGUCUUUACUCGACACCAUAUGAGCCAAGCUUACGUCCCACCAGAGAUAGACACAAGCUCACCCGUCGCUGUCCAAGUCCAACUCUAUCACAGUUGAGUGGUGAUGGGAACUUGUAGAAACGUAUAUACUUAGUCCUCUUCGUCCCGGGUGGGACAGAAGUUGUCGAAGAAAGGUAUGGCCUUAUGGGCUCAGCUGUUUAACCGGUAUCAUGCCUUUUCGUUAGGUCAUGAGCAUUGUGUCCGGGUUUGGCCCCAUCAUCACUGCCGGAAUCUUCUCCGCCACUCUGUCCUCUGCCCUGGCCUCUCUGGUCAGCGCCCCCAAAGUGUUCCAGGUAAGCCCCUAGACUCCCUCCCCAGAUCCCGCUUCCUUAAUCUGUCCUUGUUAGUCACUUUAUCAUUUUUACAUAUUAUCCUUACUGUUUGGAAUAGCCUGCAGAGUUUAUGCAUGUCCAGUUACAGUUACUGUCCCAUAGACACAAAUCAAAGGCAAGAUUGUGAUCUCGUAAUGUAUCCCAAUGUUCCUCUGGUCGUCGUCUAGUGUCCCAUCCGCUGAUUAGUAUAGCGGUGUCCAAUUCCAAUGGUUUUUCCUUCUCCUCCAGGCUCUUUGCAAAGACAAUAUCUACCCUGGCCUUGAGAUGUUCGCCAAGGGCUAUGGCAAGAACAACGAGCCCCUUCGCGGCUACAUCCUCACCUUCUGCAUCGCUCUGGCCUUCAUCCUAAUUGGUACUUACGCUGUCCAGGUUUAGACAUCUAACAAUUAAACUAUUAUUCACAAUAUGACAUUCUGUAGUAUGUCAGUAAUAUGUCAUUCAGUCGUAUAAUUUAGUCCUAAAGUGCAUUAUUGAAUGUCUAUAGUCCCCUGUAGCUCAGUUGGUAGAGCAUGGCGCUUGCAACGCCAGGGUUGUGGGUUCGUUUCCCACGGGGGGUCAGUAUGAAAAUGUAUGCACUUACUAACUGUAAGUCGCUCUGGAUAAGAGCGUCUGCUAAAUGACUAAAAUGUAAAUGUAUGGACAGUUCCCUAUGAACAGCUAAACUGCCAUGUUUUUGUGUCUUUAUUUUAGCCCAGUUGAAUGUUAUUGCUCCCAUCAUCUCCAACUUCUUCCUGGCCUCCUAUGCUCUCAUCAACUUCUCUGUAUUCCACGCCUCUCUGGCCAACUCUCCAGGUAAGGCCUUUUUGGACAACAACAACACUUUCCUGAGGAAAAGUUAUAUCUGCAGAAAGUCCGGAAUUUCAAUGCGACCAAAAAACAGAGCCACAAAGGUCCUGACUAUGGCCAGAAUGAAGUCAUGAGUCUUAGGAGUUAAAUCAUUAGGCUUAAAGGCGAGAUUUAAUAGGAAAUUAUAGGACUUCCAAACAAAUUAUUUAUAGGUGGGGGCUCUGUCAUUCUUAGUGAAUAACACUUAUUUAAUAUGGCUCCACUGUUAUGCGUUGCAUCAAGUCUCAUAUGUCUUUGCCAUUCCCAAAUAGCUUAAGCCUUGAGAUAACAGAUGUAAUGACAUGCCUGAGUAAUGGGAACAUUUUCAUAACUGGACAAUUGUUUUAUUAAAGAAUGGCAACUGCGAUCUUUAUCUGAUAAGGCCCACAGUCUGCUUCUUAAGGAAGUAGAUUGGAAGAAAUGGGAUUGUCUCAAUGACACUCAGUAUUAUGCAAAUAAUUGAUACUGACAAUACUGCUGGGAAGCAACGUGUGCUGCUGCUUAUUAUUCAAUGCAACACAUUCCAUAUAUUGGAUUUGACGGUUUUUCUGACUGAUGUGAUUUGUGUAAAGGUCAAACCUCCAGGGGCUGUGGUUUAGCAGUGAGGCUAGCUUGGCAUGAUGGCACAGUGUCAUUAAUUAAUGAAUCACUUGGUUAAUCCAAGAUGGAAGACGUCCACUCAGUUUCAACUGUCAGUCUAUUGGUGUCAAGAAAUCAAGGUCUUUGCUUAGAUUGACUAAUUUUUUAUGCCUAGUGGUCAUCAGUUGUGCCUUAGUCGUGAUGGAAAAAACAAACGGGUGUACGAAUUUGAAACAACCAUUUAAUUGUGAAAUAAAUGUGAUCUUUUCAACCUGUUGUAUCAUCCAGCAGUUGACGUAUAAAGUGGUGUUUGUUUUUCUGUUAAUUCCACACAAAAAAAAGUCCUAGGAGAACGCCAGGUACAGAUUUUAUAUCUAAUUCUGACAUUGUCAGCGCAGACCAUUUCAUUACACAGAUUUAAAGGGUACAUGACUCACCAAGAGGCAAGGCAAUAGACACUUGGCUUCUCGCCUCUGGAAACUCAAACCGGCAAUGUCUAACUCCUUCUUUUCUGGCCACCUAGAGCCCAUUUUCGCUCUCCCAUGAGUGUAUGUAAAAACGGUCAUGGGGCAAAGAAUGACGUCACUCCAAUGUACCCUUUACAUCCUGUGGUUUUUGUAGUUCUUGUCAUUGUGUAACUGUGCGCACAGUUAAACUGUACCCCAUUGUUCCAGUUUACUAAACUCCCACUAGUCUAGUCUCUUUAGUACCUAAUUAACCGGUAUCCAGUAGUGGAUGUAACAUUAUUGUACAAUGUUCUAACUGGUUGCUAACUCCAAUUUUUUUAAACACCAUUUUUAAUCCAAGUGCAUAUCCAUGCUCUUUUCUUAAAUUAGUGACAUUGAGCCGCCUCCCAUUUUUUAUGAUUCAGUAAUUUAAUUUAUAACAAUGAUGUUUGUUGGAAUAUGUGAAGAAGUAAUGCAAGUUAUAAAUGAACAAGAGCUGUCAGCUAUGGUAAGCAGCUCUCCAUAGCGACUUGCUGGAUCUUCAUAGACAUGAGUGGCAGAUUUGAUCUAACCUUUUGGAUUCUACCUCUGUUCAUGUUCACAUGUUAUUCCUUAAAUUUGGUUAUAAACCCAUUCAAACCUCUCUACAGUAUUUUACAAUAAGGACAAAGGUCAUAUGCUGGCACCCUUUGGUAUGGCUGGCCCCCAAAGUGAAUUUUUAUGAGGGUACUUAUAAGGGAGUCCACCUAACGUUUCUCUGACCCUUAGGGUGGCGCCCCAGCUUCAAGUUCUACAACAUGUGGGUGUCCCUGGCUGGAGCUGUGCUGUGCUGCGUGGUCAUGUUCGUCAUCAAUUGGUGGGCAGCCCUAAUGACCAACGUUAUUGUCAUGGGCCUCUACAUCUACGUGAGCUACAAGAAGCCCGGUGAGUAACUCAGCACCAGGCCAAGUCGGCCAUCUUGGAUUGCCUCAACAUCGACUAGUGUUAUUUUGCCAAGAUAGGUGAUCAUUGUGAAACUUGGCUAACGUGGAUUAUGAUUAUCUUACUUUACAAAUAGUAUUACCAUAUUCUUUCAUGAAUUAGCCUACCCUUUUAAUUUGAAAAAACAUAGCAAUUUCCCCAAAAGAGCAUGUGUUGAAUGUCAAUCGCUGUGAAUUACACCUCACCACUUAGUGUAAAUCAUUUCCUAGUUAUUUUGAUUCCACUGAAAUAUCAACCUUUAUGACUAAACCACAUUAGCACAAUGCACUGAAAGUCCCCUGACGCCCAAGGAUGCUUUGAACACAAAAUGUGAAUCAGGCCCCACUAUUGAUAUUUCAAGCUUUUUUAUUGCUGAUGCACACAUGUAUUUUGGUGUAGUGGUAAGCAUUUGCAUCACAAUUAUGUUUUUGUUGCGCACCCUCUGCUGCAGUGCAGCCCAACACGGUUGAAAUGUAUUUAUAGCUAAAUGCAGGGUUGUGGAAACUAAUGUUAAUAUGACUACAGCUGAAAUGAACCAUCUAUUCACAAUGUGAUGCUGUAUUAAGGGCGUUACAUUUGAAUCAAGGAAAGCAGAAUGUGGGUUGUCAAAAACAAUAGCUCUCUAUUUGCAGGGUAGGUAGAACAUAUGAUUUCACAAAAAUAUUCUGUCAACUUCGCGAUUCAGUCUGUUGAUUAGCAUACGGAUUUAUACAUUAUAAUUUUUACCUAGUACAUUAAUAGACUUUCCCUCCAAUGUUUCUAUGGUGAUUUGCCAAAGGGCUGGCUCAUUCUCCUGUUAACUUUUCUUAAGCUGCCCACCCACGCAAGGCAGCGUUGACAUUAAAUGGGGGGCUUUGAAAUGUCUAGUGCUGGGAGGGGGCAGCGGGUGAGGGUGUGGAUACAUGCGGUUACAUGUGUUCGACUGUAUUAGUGCUCAGGCUCUCUGGCCUGGCUGGGCUGAUUUCUAUUCUGGAGCAAGCUGGGGACUGGACUGUUGAGAUUCCCAUAGGGGUCAGAUGGCCAAUUGGGUCCCACAUGGUAGGAAGUUCCCAUAUGGGACCGCUGGCUCUGGGUAAACACACCUGACCCGCGCUGGAAACCCCAGGGGAGCACCAGGCAUGAAUAUAGACAUCCACGAGGCACACUUGUAUGAACACACACAUACACAAAUAGCUUCACACACUCAGUUUGACACGCAGCUCUAUACACACAUUCUCACACAUGCAGAGUCACAGCUUCACACACAGCUCUACACACACAUGCACAGCAUCCCUACGGACUCCCACACUGCAUGGAACUUGCUCCAAUGGCCUGACUGGCUAAUGGCCACCCAUACAGGGUCCUGACUCCAGAAUGUGACUAUGUUUGUCCUGUCUUCCAGAUGUGAACUGGGGCUCCUCGACCCAGGCUCUGACAUACCACCAGGCCCUGACCCACAGUCUGCACCUCAGCAGUGUUGAGGACCACAUCAAGAACUUCAGGUACAGUAUAGAACACACACACACACACUCACUUCUUAGACCAAAGGAAAGGUCUGGUCUUUGAAAUGCAUUCGCCCGUAGAAAGGCUUUAUUCUUGACACUCAAUAAACCACCUUAGUUUCAUCCACCAGCGUCGUCCAGCUGUUAAAGUUUCAUUAUCCUACUUUUAAAUUAUUGACUGGGUAAAAUGUUCUGUAUUCAGGAAAUGUCCGUCAUUCACAUUGUCAUAAAGGCUGUUGCCUUGUUAGUUCUAAAAGUAUCUGAUAGGCAAAUUUGAUUAACAACUCCUCCACUUAAUUACCCUUCGAUGUUGCUCGGCAAGUUGUCGCUAACACAUGCUCACUGAGGCGUGCAGAUCCGGUAAGGCUGCAGCAGGCUCCGACUGCAUCUGAGUGGCAGGGGAGGAUAUUGCUGUUUGUCCAGUCAGGCUACAGCAGAGCCCUCUCUCCGUCUUGGCAUGACACAUCCCCUUGGAGAGGGUUGUGUAGCUGCACACCUGGGACAACAGUGGCAGACACUUGGCAUCCUUCACACUGCCUCGCCUCAGAGGACAAAGGUGUGAGACUAAAUUGUCUAUUCUCGGAAACCUAGCAUCGGUCAUCAUAUAGCAACGGUGGCGAGCAUGGGAGUUAGGGUAUAGAACCGUGUUUUCUCAAAGACGUGGACACAGCCACAACCACACAAACAAGGGGUCAGACAGACAGACAGACGCACACACAUGCAUGGCAUGGCACGGAGGCUGGCAACUACCCAAGAGCCCGCUAGCUCUCUCGGGGAAGGCAGGGGCCACAACAAUAUAAAGCAAGGCUUUCCAUUGAACAUUUCUGGGGGAGUAUAUAAAUCUGGACUGGAAAGAUGGCGGGCUGAAUAGUCCAUACGUGGGCUCUCGUUCUCUGGUGCGUUGGCGGUCAAGUGGAGUGCCCUCCUCCACUGUUUCAUGCAUGGACCGUAGCGGGGGAUGCAUCUAACAGUCGAAGCACUGCCUUACAAAAAAACUCUCCAAACACUUCCGACCUACGCCUGCCCGGACUUCCCUACUGCGACGAGUACUUUCGUUCAUCCCCACCCUCGGCGCCACCCGUGACUCCCGCGCCAAGCUCCGCCCCGAGGUGUACGCCUACCACAGGCGCUUGAAACUAGCGGCCUACUUUGAAAAUUUGGAAUCAUUCCAUCUAGCUAACUAGAUAUGUGAUGUACUAGUGUUCUAGUGAUACAAUAUCUAAUUGAUGCUUACCUUCAUUUUAAUCAAGCGUACUCUCAUUCAGGGUCUUGUUUAGAAACACUGAUAUAGGAAAAGAGCUCCAUCAGGUCACCCUCAGAACUAAACCGUUGUGUCAAAGUUGUCCGAGCCACAACACGACAAUCUCAUGCUCUAUUGUUCACCCACUCACACAUGGACUGUAAGAGUUGCUAUGGAUGCUAUUCGGAUUGCGCAAUUCACCCUGGAAGCGUUCCCAUGGCAAUAAACCGGCAGUGAGAGAUUAUGGAGAAUCUGAUAUUGUCUUCAGAAUUGAAACGUGUUACUCCUGCUCUUUUCUCCCCCCCCCUCCUGGCUCUCGUAAUCCCAUGUGCUUAACAUAGCUUUGCUUUGAUGUGCGCUACUCCGGAGCUCUCCAUCCAAGUCUGUUCUUGUUCCUCGCCGAGGAGAUUAAAACUUCUUCUCUCAAGGUCAUUAGAAGACAUUAAGUGAGAUGAAGCACUGAGGAGUACUGUGUGCAUGUGACCUAGCGGAGAAAGUCAAAAGGGUUAGGCCAGCGGUGGCCGUUGGCCAACCCUCCUGGAGAGCUAGUGGGUGCAUGCUUUUGUUUCAGCUCUGCUCUAACCCCCACCUGAAUCUACUAAAUCAGCUGCUCAUUAGAACUUUGAUUAGUAGAAUCAGGUGUGUUGGAGCAGGGCUGUAACAAAUGUCUGCUUAUCUAGUAGGUCUCCAUGAGGAGGGUUGGCCACCCUUGGGUUAGAUCUUGGUGUCCCUAGUAUGUGUACCACUUACUAUUAGCAUGGAUGCUAGCUAAAUGCUGUUUUCGUAUUGACUAUGUUUUACCACAGACCCCAGUGCUUGGUGAUGACGGGAUACCCCAACUCCCGUCCGGCUCUGCUCCACCUGGUCCACGCCUUCACCAAGAACGUGGGCCUGAUGAUCUGCGGCCAUGUGCGCACGGUGAGUAACCAGAGACUUUGCCUACCUGGAGACCAUUUUGACUGUACUAUGGCACACAACGGGGCCACUUUGGCUCCAUUUCACAAUGUUUCACUCUUAUCUUAUAGCAUACACUACACCUUAGAUGACUAAUCUCAAUGCAAUGUCAUAAUUUAUUCUAGUUAACUACCAGUGACUAAGUGCUUUAUUAACUCCCAUGAAUACCAUUAGAACCAAUUUGCGGGAAACAGAACACAGUGGCUGCCCUAUUGUUUUGGACCUUGUUUGUUGUGUUGCUCAUAUGAAUCCCCUGUUUACUUUAAAAUCCACAUAUCCCGUUGAUUGAGUCAUUGCUCCCAAUUAGCGAUUUUUCACGACUUUUAGCAACUUUUUUAAUCUAAAUCCCUCACUUGUGGGUUACCAGGGGGCAAUAAAAUUACCGCUCCAUUAAGGCGGUGUGGGACUGGGGAAAUGCGCUGUGCCCACAAUGUAAAAAGGCACUUUACAGACACUCCCCCGCCAGUAGCAGCGAAAAGUCUCUGGCCUUAAUCAAAAGCACAUUUGUCUGGAUGUGAUGAGGCCUCCGCACAGAUCCCUCCACAGGUCCUCUGGGCCUACUGUGGAAUAUAGUGCCCUCCAACAGUGCCCUCUCUCUCCGUGUUUCUCUCGCUCUCCAUCUCUCACUCUCUCUUUCGCUCUCAUAAACACACACACUCUCUCUAUUCUUCAAUUAACACUGGCAAAGAAAAGAGUGCUCCAACACCAGCCAACAGUGAAAACAUUCCCUCCUAAUGGCCAUACAUUUUUCUGGCUUAGGGAUGCUUUUUACACUAAAGCCCUUCUCUUUAGAAAUAAGCAAGACUCUAUGAGUGGACCUUUUAAGAAGUGGCUGUUUGAAUUGGGGCUUCUUCCAUCUACGUUUGUUAAUGAGUUGCUAAAUGCUACACUUAGCCUUUAGCGUGACUGUGUUCUUAUCUAUGUGUGUUGUGUCCACAGGGCUCCAGAAGGCCCAACUUCAAAGAGCUGUCCAACGACCAGACGCGUUACCAGCGCUGGCUGCUGAAAAACGAGACCAAGGCUUUCUACACCCCUGUGUUCGCCGACGACAUGAGACAGGGCACCCAGUAUCUGUUACAGGUGAGAACAGACACACUGCAAUUGGUGGAAGCGGUGGGAUCUGCUGUAAUUGUUUUUAUAAGUAUAACAUUUUUGUUCUAUAUAUAUUUGAAUUCUACUCUUGUUUCCCUAGAAACACAAGCCUUUGGACUUAUGCUAAGUUUGAAUUAUUUUUCCUAAAGUUCAAGCACAUUCAGUCAAAGUGCAUGAUAAUAUAUUGAAACCCAUGGUAGUGUGGUGUUGAGGUCAACUCCAGUUCAACUCCAUGGAAUGGUCUAAUGACAUGGAAAAAAUAUUUUAAUGGUCGAGAUUGAAUUGACCCCAACGCAGGUGGUGCACUUUGAUGUUAUGAUCGCCGGCCAAACUGACUUUUUCAUGCUUGAAAGCGAUUGCGUAAGCUUAUCUUUGGGAGGUGCAGCACCCUGUGAAUUGAUCUACAGUAGGGAGUUGAAACUCCUGAUAGGGAUUUAUUUAGUAGUUGCUUUAGGUUGUUCUGACCUGUUCUCCCCCUCUGUUUUACCCAAGGCUGCUGGACUGGGUCGCCUGAGGCCCAACACUCUGGUGAUUGGCUACAAGAGCGACUGGAGGGACGGAGACAUGAUGAACGUGGAGACCUACAUCCACAUGAUCCAGUGAGUAAGCGGGGGCUUUGCAAGCCACCUCAUCAAAAGGCUGUCCACAAAGACACCUGAUUUAGAACAGUAAUUGUUUUAAAGCACCUGAACAUGCGGUGGGUUGUGAUGAUAACAAGCUUUGACACACAACCAAAGUACUCUAUAUGGAAUAGUACACACGCGCACACACACACACACACACACACACACACACACACACACACACACAAAUACACUACUUUGAACUUAUGAAAAGCUCUGUCAACUUUUAUUCAGAGUCACAAAUCAAAUUUUAAACAACAGGUGUAGACUAACAGUGAAAUGCUUACUUACGGGCCCUUCCCAACAAUGUAGAGAGAAAGAAAAUAGAUAAAUAAUAGAAAAGUUAAACAUGUAAUAAUACACAAUGAGUAACGAUAACUUGGUUAUGAGAUUAUGACCAAUGGAUUUAGGUUGAAUCAGUUCCUGCAGUAUUAUAGAAUGGGUGAAGUCAUGCUUUCACAUGGUCUGUUAAAAUCCCACCUCAACCAGUAAGGCAUUUUACUUUGUCCUUCGAAACUUGGCCUCUUUCAUUGUGGCUUGAGUCCUUAGCUAGUUUGUUUGCGUUAGCCUGGUUAAAGUGUGUAUACGUGUUUAGUCCGAGUGGAAAAGUACACGUUUAAUGUAGUGUGUUAUACACAUACACACACACACACAGGCCCUGCUCAGUGUCAAGCGUCUUCCUGUGAAAUGCAAACAGAAUGCGUUUGUUUGUUUGUGGCUUUCAGCGAUGCCUUUGACUUCCAGUAUGGUGCCGUGGUCCUCAGACUGAAGGAGGGACUAGACGUGUCCCACAUCUCAGAACAAGGUGUACACACACACACACACUGAAACACUUUCAUACCAAAUGACAUGAUAUACUUACCCACACACACACAUGCUCAAACACUCCCUUGCCAAAUGACUAAUCUUAUCAGCUUGUCUCAUAUUUGUUUCCUCCAAAAACGUUAUUCAGUUAUUGAAGCACCAGUAUUUUGCCGCGUCAUGUUAAUUUGUUCAGCGCAACGAUUGUGUCUGGGCCAAAUUGCAACUACACCUGGAAUCGAGAGCAUCCAAUUAUGAGGUGUGGUUGUUACAGUUGGAGAGAGAUGAAUCAAACAAGUGACUCAAAGGGAUUUUUCAGUAGAUUAACCUUCCAAAGACAGUCCAGCUGCAGAUUAAAGACGUUAGGCUCUUUGAUUUGUUCUUACGCAGUCACUCCCUGUUAACCUUCUUAUUCAUCUUCACUUAAAGGUUAACAUUUUCUAUCUCUGUUUAGUUUUGGAUUUGAAACCCAUUUGUUCUACAUAAUAAGGAAGAGAAUGUCUUGGUUGAUACAUAGACGUGUUACUCACAUACCAUUCGUUCACCAAUAAGUCUUAGUCAAUGCAUGUAGAUAAUAACUGCAUUCAAAUGAAAUAAAACUCAAGUUUUUGCUUGUCUGUGGGAAGCAACUGCAUCGAUUUUUACAGAGCCAUACAUGACUGCUUGUACUUUCUAGUUGAAUUCAUCUUCCUUAGUCCAGUCACUUGACCUGGCUUGUACCAUGGCCAAUAGUUGGCGUCGACUCUGCUUGUCCACCUAAAUUCACCUAAAUUGGCCCAAAUGGUUCAGCCACCAUUUUAGAACACUGUUUGCCUUUUACCCAUCAACUAACCCCAUCAUCAAGAUUAUUUCCUACAUUUUAACAGUUACCGUUCACAUCUGUGUUUAGUGGACACACAAAUUACUCUAUUUUCCAGGUAAUUGGUUUUUGACGUUUCUAGAUGUUAUUUUUGCACUAGGCUAAUAGUUCAGCGUCACGGAUAAUUUGUUAACAAACGUUAACAGAACGUCCGGUAAACAUGGUUUUCAGUUGGCUAAUGGUUUCGCUUUGUCAUUUCACAGAUGACCUGCUGUCAUCGCAGGAGAAGACGUCAGGGAUGAAGGACUUGGUUGUGUCCAUCGACAUGAAGGACUCUGACGGAGACUCGUCCAAGCCUUCGUCCAAGGCCACCAGUGUCCAGAACAGCCCAGCCAUCCAGAAAGGUCAGGCGUCAUUCUAAAGUAACCCACACAUAAACAGUGAGUGCCUUUUUACUUAGCUUUCACACCAGUGGUUGUGUGCACAUACCUGAUUCGGCUAAUCGAAGUCCUGCUAGCUGUGCAGGACGAAAACACUCUGUCGCUCUGCAGGAGCAGGAGGGUUGGUCACCUUAUUUUUAAUAACUUCACAUUGAGAUAUGGAACAUUAGGCGUUUGUGAAGACAUUCAAUGGUUUGAUACUGUGCCAAAGUUAUGAAAUCACAAUGUGAAUGUGCUGUUUUGGCUCUUGAGAAAGAGGAAGGGGUUUAUGGGUCAGGAUGUAAGAAUUCUGAAAGCAGUUUACCGCCACUUGCUGAUCCCCAUCUAGAUCUCUCAAAGGCCUCCCUUAUGCUCCUCCUGCCAGCCACUCACUAGGCUACACUGAGUAAGCUGCUCUACGCCGAGAGGAAGUGGCCUCUGACCCUGUGACCCCCAGCCUUCCCACUGGGCCCAGUUUGUUAGUCUCCACAGCCCACAGAUGGCUUUACUACAGAGUGUGUGUCCUUGUUUGUUUACACACACACACACACAUGUGCAUGUACACAAACAUACACAAAAAUAUCUCAUGCAUGUAUACUCAUGUGCGCACACACACACACACACACACACACACACACACACACACACACAGAUGGCUUAAAGUUUUUGUCUGUGUCUGCUGCCUCCUUAAACUGUGGACAAACAAACAGGGAAACUGUUCCCACAGUGUUUUACGGACAGGCUGGGAAAUUCAGUUGAUUCCCGACCCGGAAUUCUAUUUACGCCACACACGUCAUGUUUAAUUGUUUCCUCCCGUAGGGAGUCCCAUGUCCAUGACCCUGUGGAUAGGGCUGGCGAUAUAGCCUAAAAAUCAUAUACUUUUUUUUUUUCAAACAUAUGGACGAUUCACACCCAUUGACUUUUUCCACAUUUUGUUACAUUACAGCCUUAUUCUAAAAUGGAUGAAAGAUAUUGUUUUCUCAUCAAUAUACACACAAUACCCCAUAAUGACAAAGCGAAAACAAGUUUUUCGAUAUUUCUGCAAAUGUGUAUAUAUACAGUGGGGAGAACAAGUAUUUGAUACACUGCCGAUCUUGCAGGUUUUCCUACUUACAAAGCAUGUAGAGGUCUGUAAUUUUUAUCAAAGGUACACUUCAACUGUGAGAGACGGAAUCUAAAACAAAAAUCCUGAAAAUGACAUUGUAUGAUUUUUAAGUAAUUAAUUUGCAUUUUAUUGCAUGACAUAAUUAUUUGAUCACCUACCAACCAGUAAGAAUUCCGGCUCUCACAGACCUGUUAGUUUUUUUUAAGAAGCCCUCCUGUUCUCCACUCAUUACCUGUACUAACUGCACCUGUUUGAACUCGUUACCUGUAUAAAAGACACCUGUCCACACACUCAAUCAAACAGACUCCAACCUCUCCACAAUGGCCAAGACCAGAGAGCUGUGUAAGGACAUCAGGGAUAAAAUUGUAGACCUGCACAAUGCUGGGAUGGGUUACAGGACAAUAGGCAAGCAGCUUGGUGAGAAGGCAGCAACUAUUGGCGCAAUUAUUAGAAAAUGGAAGAAGUUCAAGAUGAAGGUCAAUCACCCUCGGUCUGGGGCUCCAUGCAAGAUCUCACCUCACAUCAAUGAUCAUGAGGAAGGUGAGGGAUCAGCCCAGAACUACACGGCAGGACCUGGUCAAUGACCUGAAGAGAGCUGGGACCACAGUCUCAAAGAAAACCAUUAGUAACACACUACGCCGUCAUGGAUUAAAAUCCUGCAGCGCACGCAAGGUCCCCCUGCUCAAGCCAGCGCAUGUCCAGGCCCGUCUGAAGUUUGCCGAUGAUCCAGAGGAGGAAUGGGAGAAGGUCAUGUGGUCUGAUGAGACAAAAAUAGAGCUUUUUGGUCUAAACUCCACUCGCCGUGUUUGGAGGAAGAAGGAUGAGUACAACCCCAAGAACACCAUCCCAACCGUGAAGCAUGGAGGUGGAAACAUCAUUCUUUGGGGAUGCUUUUCUGCAAAGGGGACAGGACGACUGCACCGUAUUGAGGGGAGGAUGGAUGGGGCCAUGUAUCGCGAGAUCUUGGCCAACAACCUCCUUCCCUCAGUAAGAGCAUUGAAGAUGGGUCGUGGCUGGUUCUUCCAGCAUGACAAUGACCCGAAACACACAGCCAGGGCGACUAAGGAGUGGCUCCGUAAGAAGCAUCUCAAGGUCCUGGAGUGGCCUAGCCAGUCUCCAGACCUGAACCCAAUAGAAAAUCUUUGGAGGGGGCUGAAAGUCCUUAUUGCCCAGCGACAGCCCCGAAACCUGAAGGAUCUGGAGAAGGUCUGUAUGGAGGAGCGGGCCAAAAUCCCUGCUGCAGUGUGUGCAAACCUGGUCAAGACCUACAGGAAACGUAUGAUCUCUGUAAUUGCAAACAAAGGUUUCUGUACCAAAUAUUAAGUUCUGCUUUUCUGAUGUAUCAAAUACUUAUGUCAUGCAAUAAAAUGCAAAUUCAUUACUUAAAAAUCAUACAAUGUGAUUUUCUGGAUUUUUGUUUUAGAUUCCGUCUCUCUCAGUUGAAGUGUACCUAUGAUAAAAAUUACAGACCUCUACAUGCUUUGUAAGUAGGAAAACCUGCAAAAUCGGCAGUGUAUCAAAUGCUUGUUCUCCCCAUUUUGUGUGUGUGUGUGUGUAUAUAUAUAUAUAUAUAUAUAUAUAUAUAUAUAUAUAUAUAUAUAUAUAUAUAUAUAUAUAUAUAUAUAUAUAUAUACCUUAUUUACAUAAGUAUUCAGACCCUUUGCUAUGACACUUGAAAUUGAGAUCAGGUGCAUCCUGUUUCCAUUGAUCAUCCUUAAGAUGUUUCUACAACUUGAUUGGAGUCCAUCUGGGGUAAAUUCAAUUGAUUGGACAUGAUUUGGAAAGGCACACACUGGUCUAUGUAAGGCCCCACAGUUGACAGUGCAUGUCAGAGCAAAAACCAAGCCAUGAGGUCGAAAGAAUUGUCUGUAGAGAUCUGAGACAGGAUUGUGUCGAGGCACAGAUCUGGGGAAGGGUACCACAACAUUUCUGUAGCAUUGAAGGUCUCCAAGAACACAGUGGCCUCCAUCAUUCUUAAAUGGAAGAAAGUUUGGAACCAACAAGACUCUUCCUAGAGCUGGCCUCCCAGCCAAACUGAGCAAUCGGGGGAGAAGGGCUUUGGUCAGGGAGGUGCCAAGAAGCCGAUGGUCACACUGAUAGAGCUCCAGAGUUCCUCUGUGGAGAUGGGAGAACCUUCCAGAAGGACAACCAUCUCUGCAGCACUCCACCAAUCAGGCUUUAUGGUAGAGUGGCCAGACGGAAGCCACUCCUCAGUAAAAGGCACAUGACAGCCCGCUUGGAGUUUGCCAAAAGGCAUCUAAAGACACUCAGACCAUUAGAAACAAGAUUCUCUGGUCUGAUGAAACCAAGAUUUAACUCUUUGGCCUGUAUGCCAAGCGUCACAUCUGGAGGAAAGCUGGCACCAUCCCUAUGGUGAAGCAUGGUGGUGGCAGCAUCAUGCUGUGGGGAAGUCUUUCAGCGGCAAGGACUGGGAGACUAGUCAGGAUCGUGGGAAAGCUGAACGGAGAAAAGUACAGAGAUCCUUGAUGAAAACCUGCUCCAGAGGGCUCAGUACCUCAGACUGGGUCGAAGGUUCACCUUCCAACAGGACAAUGACCCUAAGCACACAGCCAAGACAAUGCAGGAGUGGCUUCGGAACAAGUCUCUUAAUGUCCUUGAGUGGCCCAGCCAGAACCCGAUCCAACAUCUCUGGAGAGACCUGAAAAUAGCUGUGCAGCGACGCUCCCCAUCCAAACUGACAGAGGUUGACAGGAUCUGCAGAGAAGAAUGGAAGUUUUUCACAACAUUAUUCUCCAUCUUCUCACACUCGACCAGAAAACCUCUCCAAAAUACUUCAGAAUUAAUUGAUUUAGGCCAAGGCGUUGUAUGUUUUUUAACUCCUUAAGGUUGACAUCUGCGCCCCUGCAGAAAUGUAAUUAGUAUAAUAAAAAUAUCUGCAUAAAAAUCUGUCCGUUUAAGCUAGAGAGAUCUGUUUUUUUGCAUCGGAUGCAUCUCAAUCCACCGCAUCCGCCUAUGUCGCAUUUACGCAUCUGUGGUGAAAAGUUACAGAGCUAGAGCAGUGUGUCAGACUAUGAGAUAUCCUGAAAAUCAGUCUGCUCACAAAAUCGUCUGUAGCGUCCUAACGGUUUGGCCUACAAAACUAUUAUGACCCCUCUAUGGAAAGAUGAGACUCUCACGAACACGAUGGUGUUCUCCGUUUUGCUCUACGACCCCCACAACCUUAUUGGGACUCGUCUGAAGUCGGUACAGCCGAUCUGCCAACUUCUGUCUGUAGCAUCCGAACAGUUUGGGCUACACACUAAUGUGACCCCCACUAAUGUGACCCCCUCACGAACAUGCACGUCGGUUGUUUUGCUCUAGGACGCCCACAAGCCUCACAAGACUUGUUGAAAGGUCACUCGGCACCAGUUGAAAAAAAUAAUGGAAGGACAUAUGGAGACAGAAAAAUAAUAUCCUGAUCUUUCUUAUAGGACAGACACUAGAGAACAAACUUAUUUGGAUUUCUUGGGGACUAUCUGUUGUUCUAUGUAGUGCAUCUGUUAUUCAAUGUGUUUGUAUGGGCUAAUAGCAGGAAGGCCAAAAUGUUUUUUUUUUAUCAAAUAAUUUUGGGUAUAUUUUUGUAUAUUUCAAAUUCUAAAUCAAAUAGCUAAAUGAUCCUUGGGAUGACCUUCUUAAAACAAUUGCAUAUACACUACCGUUCAAAAGUUUGGGGUCACUUAGAAAUGUUUUUGCCCAAUAAAAUAACAUAAAAUUGAUCAGAAAUUGUUCAGUAUCUGGAGCAUCAGCAAUUGUGGGUUUGAUUACAGGCUCAAAAUGGCCAGAAACAAAUAAACUUAUUCUGAAAGUCGUCAAUCUAUUCUGGUUCUGAGUAAUUGCCAAGAAACUGAAGAUCUCGUACAACGCUGUGUACUACUCCCUUCACAGAACAGCGCAAACUGGCUCUAACCAGAAUAGAAAGAGGAGUGGGAGGCCCCGGUGCACAACUGAGCAAGAGGACAAAUACAUUAGUGUCUAGUUUGAGAAACAGAUGCCUCACAGGUCCUCAACUGGCAGCUUCAUUAAAUAGUACCUGCAAAACACCAGUCUCAACGUCAACAGUGAAGAGGUGACUCCGGGAUGCUGACCUUCUAGGCAGAGAUGCAAAGAAAAAGCCGUAUCUCAGACUGGCCAAUAAAAAGAAAAGAUUAAGAUGGGCAAAAGAACACAGACACUGGACAGUUGAAGAUUGGAAAAAAGUGUUAUGGACAGAUGAAUCGAAGUUUGAGGAAGAAGAACAUUUGUGAGACGCAGACCAAAUGAAAAGAUGCUGGAGGAGUGCUUGAUGCCAUCUGUCAAGGAUGGUGGAGGCAAUGUGAUUGUCUGGGGGUGCUUUGGUGGUGGUAAAGUGGGAGAUUUGUACAGGGUAAAAGGGAUCUUGAAGAAGGAAGGCUAUCACUCCAUUUUGCAAUGCCAUGCCAUACCCUGUGGACGGUGCUUGAUUGGAUCCAAUUUCCUCCUACAACAGGACAAUGACCCAAAGCACAGCUCCAAACUAUGCAAUAACUAUUUAGGGAAGAAGCAGUCAGCUGGUAUUCUGUCUAAAAUGGAGUGGCCAGCACAGUUACCGGAUCUCAACCCUAUUGAGCUGUUGUGGGAACAGCUUGACCGUAUGGUACGUAAGAGGUGCCGAUCAAGCCAAUUCAACUUGUGGGAGGUGCUUCAGGAAGUAUGAGGUGAAAUCUCUUCAGAUUACCUCAACAAAUGGACAACUAGAAUGCCAAAGUUCUGCAAGGCUGUAAUUGCUGCACAUUGAGGAUUCUUUGACGAAAGCAAAGUUUGAGGGAAACAAUUAUUAUUUCAAUUAAAAAUAAAUAUUUUUUAACCUUGCCAAUGACUACAUUUCCUAUUCAUUCUGCUAUAAUUCCUAUUCAAACUCAUUUCAUGUAUGUUUUCAUGGAAAACAAGGACAUUUCUAAGUGACCCCAAACCUUGGAACGGAAGUGUAGCUUAGUAGAACCCCCCCCUCCCCUGGCUUAGACAGAGCUUAGAAUCUUAUGGGUUAAACUGUGAAGUUGUCGUGAAGCAGUGUUUUGCAGCCAAUUAUUUUGGUCUCUGUGAAGACUAAAGGGUGUGUCCUGGCUAUAAACACUGGUUUCACUAGCUAAUGGCAUGUCCCAAGAAAUGUACAAAGUGCCCGUCCACAACUAAGCCAGUAGUGGAGUUUUCCGAUUACACGAUUUCUAACCAUUGCCGGGGUUCACAAUUCCUUUCCUGAGGGACCCCAAGUGUGUGUGCUUGUGUGUUACCACUGAUUACUUUUCCAUUGGAGCCCAUUCCAUCUCGUUUGGCGCAGGGAUAAAUGACAUAGCGGCUCCCUAACACACGCACCCCCAUCCCCCAGAACAGACCCCUCAUUGUAGCGGUGUUAUUGACGCAUGUUUCCAAUCAUGGCGGCAACAGCAUAAACAUUAACUUCUCCAUUCUCUCUCUCGCUCUCUUUUUCUUCUUUAUCUCCCUCCAUCUUUUUUUUUUUUUUACAUUAUCCAGAUGACGAUGACGAAUGCAAAGCCGCAACGAAGCCCCUGUUGAAAAAAGGCAGGCAGCCCGCCUUUGAGUUACCUUACUUUUUCCUUUCUCUCCUUCUAUUACUUUCACUCAUUCGCACACAUACUCAUUCUUUCUCUCGGUCAUAUAACCGUAUAAAACAAAUAUAUAUAUCUUGCUCUCACUCUGUCAUGAGCUUUCGAAAAGCCGUCGAACCUGGUUGAGUUUGGUUUUCUGUUUCUAUUGCUCUCACCGUCAUGCACACACUGUCUCUCACUCUUUGUUACUCUGUCUUUCUCUGUCAUCUAGUAGUCUUAACUGCCUUGCUAGCUGCCUGGCUCUGGGAAUAACUGUGUACGUUUUUCCUCCUUUCCUCUUUCCGCUCCUAACUCACCCUGGCUUCCUGUAGCUCUAACGCAGUCUCUGAAGCACCGUUGCGCGUGUGUGUGUGCUCUGAUGUUGUAUUUUCUUUAAAUCCUUUUCUUUCCUGGACUUCCUCAGUCUUAAGUGCCUGUUUCUUCUCUCAACAGAGAUGACACUGUCUUCAGUACUUUGUCACUGUCUCUGUCUGUUCCUUUCUAGCAGGCUGCUCUUUGGAUUUGUCCCUCUUCUCUUUCUUCCUCUCUGUCUAUGUCUCGCUCUCCUGUUGUAAUAGUCAUAUGCUUUUCAGGUACAGCUGUUUGAUAUCCAUUCUGUCACCUUAGCUAAGUCACAGACAUUCACUAAGACAGACCGAGUAGAGAAGGGAAUGUUACAAUAAAGACACUCACUGACUGCACACAGUUUACAUUCCACUGAGCCCACUUCAGAGAUGGUUUCCAUUGUACCGUGACUGUUAGAUAAAAAACCCACUUCCUUGGAUUUCUAUCACACACUCAAAGUAAGUCACACACAGCCUGGUGCCAGAUCUGUUUAGGCUGUCUUGCUAAUGACCACAGUGCUUAUCUAGGAUCAGGUCCGUAUAAUCUUAUUCAUUAUGAUCUGAAAGACAAAAUGGAUCCUAGACACUUUAUGAAUGUGUGCCCAGUCUUAGUCACACAUAGUGAGGAAUUUCUAGCUAAAUCGUCUCCCUCAUUGAGGAUGCAACUUCCUGUCUUGAUCUUAGUGUCUGACAUAGCACUUUUUUGGCCACACAGACAAGAGCCCCCAGAGGUUGAACGUGGCAGACCAGAGGCUGCUGGACGCCAGUCAGCUGUUCAAGAGGAAACAGGGCAAGGGCACCGUGGACGUGUGGUGGCUCUUUGACGAUGGCGGUGAGUUUGGCCCUCCAGACCACCAGGGGGUGAUUUGUGGUUUCUUUUUGCCUAUUGGUUGCUGUUACAGAGCAGCUUGGUUGUAGUAUGAAGAUUUACAAACACUGUAUUGAGUAUAGAAUUCAGGACAGUCAAUUCAGGAAGAGGUCAGGAUGACUGAGCAGUCUAAAGCGUGCUGCGCUCACAAUUAGAAUUGGUUGAGAAUAUCACUUCUGUUACUAGGUGUGAAUAUCACCGGUGAGUAACAUAUGUAACAAGAGUAACAUGCCACUGAGCAAUUUGAAAAACAUACAUUGGACAAGUAACAUUGCACCAACAUGAGUGGAGUAGGCACAGCAGCCAUGUUGACACUUUGAAAACAUUUAAAGAGACCUUAGUGUGCGACCAUAACUCUGCACAUCAGUAAGAAGAGACUGGUAUUGCUGCAUUGCACCAAAGGCAGAUGGUGACUGACUGUGUAUCUGUAUUGUGACUGUGCCAGGCCUUACCCUGCUCAUCCCCUACCUGCUCACCAACAAGAAGAAGUGGAAGGACUGCAAGAUCCGCGUCUUCAUCGGAGGCAAGAUCAACAGGAUCGACCACGACCGCAGAGCGUGAGUCACCUUCUAUUCACUACAGAUCUUUAUUGCUGUUCUAUUCACUGUAGAUCUAUACUGCCAAUGGGAAUGUAUUGAAAGUACACUACAUGACCACAAGUAUGUGGACACCUGCUCGUCGAACAUCUCAUUCCAAAAUCAUGGGCAUUAAUAUGGAGUUGGUCCCCCCUUUGCUGCCUCCACUCUUCUGGGAGGCUUUCCACUAGAUUUUGGAACAUUGCUGCAGGGACUUGCUUCCAUUCAGCCACAAGAGCAUUAGUGAGGUCGGGCACCGAUGUUAGGCGAUUAGGCCUGGCUCGCAGUCGGCGUUCCAAUUCAUCCCAAAGGUGUUCGAUAGAGUUGAGGUCAGGGCUCUGUGCAGGCCAGUCCAGUUUUUCCACACCGAUCUCAACAAACCAUUUCUGUAUGGACCUCGCUUUGUGCGCAGGGGCAUUGUCAUGCUGAAACAGGAAAGGGCGUUCCCCAAACUGUUGCCACAAAGUUGGAAGCAUAGAAUCGUCUAGAAUGUCAUUGUAUGAUGUAGCGUUAAGAUUUCCCUUCACUGGAACUAAGGGGCCUAGCCAGAACAUGAAAAACAGCCCUAGACCAUUAUUCAUCUUCCACCUAACUUUACAGUUGGCACUAUGCAUUCCGCCAGGUAGCGUUCUCCUGGCAUCUGCUAAACCCAGAUUUGUCCGUCGGACUGCCAGAUGGUGAUGCGUGAUUAAUCACUCCAGAGAAUGCGUUCCCACUCCAGCUGACGCUUGGCAUUGCGCAUGGGGAUCUUAGACUUGUGUGCGGCUGCUUGGCCAUGGAAAUGGAAACCCAUUUCAUAAAGCUCCCGACAAACAGUUAAUGUGUAGACGUUGCUUCCAGAGGUAGUUUGGAACUUGGUAGUGAGUGUUGCAACCGUGGACAGACGAUUUUUACGUGCUUCAGCACUCGGCGGUCCCGUUCUGUGAGCUUGUGUGGCCUACCACUUCGCGGCUGAGCCGUUGUUGCUCCUAGACAUUUCCACUUCACAAUAACAGCACUUACAUUUGCCCGGGCAGCUCUAGCAGGGCAGAAAUUUGACAAACAGACUUGUUGGAAAGGUGGCAUCCUAUGACAGUGCCACGUUGAAAGUCACUGGGCUCUUCAGUAAGACCGUUCUAAUGCCAAUGUUUGUCUAUGGAGAUUGCAUGGCUGUGUGCUCGAUUUAAUACACCUGUCAGCAACGGGUGUUGCUAAAAUAGCCGAAUCAACUAAUCUGAAGCGGUGUCCACAUGCUUUUGUAUAUACAGUGGGGAGAACAAGUAUUUGAUACACUGCCGAUUUUGCAGGUUUUCCUACUUACAAAGCAUGUAGAGGUCUGUAAUUUUUAUCAUAGGUACACUUCAACUGUGAGAGACAGAAUCUAAAACAAAAAUCCAGAAAAUCACAUUGUAUGAUUUUUAAGUAAUUAAUUUGCAUUUUAUUGCAUGACAUAAGUAUUUGAUACAUCAGAAAAGCAGAACUUUAUAUUUGGUACAGAAACCUUUGUUUGCAAUUACAGAGAUCAUACGUUUCCUGUAGGUCUUGACCAGGUUUGCACACACUGCAGCAGGGAUUUUGGCCCACACCUCCAUACAGACCUUCUCCAGAUCCUUCAGGUUUCGGGGCUGUCGAUGGGCAACACAGACUUUCAGCUCCCUCCAAAGAUUUUCUAUUGGGUUCAGGUCUGGAGACUGGCUAGGCCACUCCAGGACCUUGAGAUGCUUCUUACGGAGCCACUCCUUAGUUGCCCUGGCUGUGUGUUUCAGGUCGUUGUCAUGCUGGAAGACCCAGCCACGACCCAUCUUCAAUGCUCUUACUGAUGGAAGGAGGUUGUUGGCCAAGAUCUCGCGAUACAUGGCCCCAUCCAUCCUCCACUCAAUACGGUGCAGUCGUCCUGUCCCCUUUGCAGAAAAGCAUCCCCAAAGAAUUAUGUUUCAUGCUUCACGGUUGGGAUGGUGUUCUUGGGGUUGUACUCAUCCUUCUUCUUCCUCCAAACACAGCGAGUGGAGUUUAGACCAAAAAGCUCUAUUUUUGUCUCAUCAGACCACAUGACCUUCUCCCAUUCCUCCUCUGGAUCAUUCAGAUGGUCAUUGGCAAACUUCAGACGGGCCUGGACAUGCGCUGGCUUGAGCAGGGGGACCUUGCGUGAGCUGCAUGAUUUUAAUCCAUGACGGCGUAGUGUGUUACUAAUGGUUUUCUUUGAGACUGUGGUCCCAGCUAUCUUCAGGUCAUUGAUCAGGUCCUGCUGUGUAGUUCUGGGCUGAUCCCUCACCUUCCUCAUGAUCAUUGAUGCCCCACGAGGUGAGAUCUUGCAUGGAGCCCCAGACCGAGGGUGAUUGACCGUCAUCUUGAACUUCUUCCAUUUUCUAAUAAUUGUGCCAACAGUUGUUGCCUUCUCACCAAGCUGCUUGCCUAUUGUCCUGUAGCCCAUCCCAGCCUUGUGCAGGUCUACAAUUUUAUCCCUGAUGUCCUUACACAGCUCUCUGUUCUUGGCCAUUGUGGAGAGGUUGGGGUCUGUUUGAUUGAGUGUGUGGACAGGUGUUUUUUAUACAGGUAACGAGUUCAAACAGGUGCAGUUAAUACAGGUAAUGAGUGGAGAACAGGAGGGCUUCUUAAAGAAAAACUAACAGGUCUGUGAGAGCUGGAAUUCUUACUGUUUGGUAGGUGAUCAAAUACUUAUGUCAUGCAAUAAAAUGCAAAUUAAUUACUUAAAAAUCAUACAAUGUGAUUUUCUGGAUUUUUUAACUAUGUCUCUCAUAGUUGAAGUGUACCUAUGAUAAAAAUUACAGACCUCUACAUGCUUUGUAAGUAGGAAAACCUUCAAAAUCGGCAGUGUAUCAAAUACUUGUUCUGUACAUUGUAUUAGUGAAUGACGCAUUUUCCUAUUCUUCCAUUCUUUCCAUUCCAUAAUGAGUAAUACAUUUUUAUAUUCUCUUACAUCCUAGAUUUAGGUCUGUCUGGCAAAUUCCCUCUAAAACUCUCAAACCCCUAAUACCUCCAAUGCUAAAUAAGAUCAGUGUGUUACUGGUUCGAGGGAUGAGCUCGCUCUGCUCUUAGCUGCCCGUCAGAGCCCUAAGCUGCAUCGCCUUCCAAAAAUACUGCUUAGUCACUGACUGGCAUGGGCACGGCCCUACGGGAUUAAAUCCACGUUGUUCCACCACCACAUUAAAUCUGCAUGUCUUUUUAUAUAACAAUGUAUUGUUGUAUUCGCUUCACAGAAGCAGGUUAGGGUCUCUAUCUUUCUCUCUCUCUUUCACACUAUUUCUGAUUCUAUUCAUCUCUAUCUCUCUCUUUCUCCCACUCUUCUGUUUUCUCUCUGUCUCUCUCUUUCAGUCUCUUUCUGUAAAUUACAAACCAACGUGGCGGCAGUGUUAUUGUCCAACGCAAAUGUCCUGACCCUCACUCUCAUUGUCCCCCACAGCUGCCUCCUGCCUCCUUUUGUUGGCUAAAAUUAGCACCGCACUGGCAACCCAGGCCUUCCACCCUAGAGUGUGUGUGUGUGUGUGUGUGUGUGUGUGUGUGUGUGUGUCACAAGCCAUAUGUUUGUGCGUUCAUUACUUGAAAAAACAGGAACAGACAUUUCCUCACUAAUUAAAAAAAGUUUCAGUAUUGGCAAUCUAUCUUUUUUGGACAUCAUUCGUUCAAUACUUUAUUGCAAUAAUAUCCCAUCCAAACUCUCCGCAUGUAAUUGAGGAUUCAAGUAUCCCUUUGAUAUAAAAGUUGUUGGAUAUAAAAGUCGCCGUACUUAGGCAGACAUGACAUGUUUGGAGUCGCUGACGCUGAAAAUGUUUUGGAGAAGUUAUCCCUAGAUUUAAAAAAGCCUAGGGAAAUGACUGUCAUAAACAGAAAGCCUCUCAACAGCCACAACAGCUUUUUUUUCUCUCCAAAAUAUCUGGAAAAUAUCGACAUCAGCUCGCACCUGUUCGCUGUGAUACUUCAAACAGCGGCAAUCCUUUCAAAUGGCUUCUUGAUGUCCUCAGUGGCUUGUGCGGUCUCUCCGAAGCUCUUGGAUGUAAGUUGCAUGAAAUGUGGCUUCAGUGUGUUAUAAAGCGUUUGUUAUUCAAUUUUCUCCUCAGGAUGGCCACACUGCUCAGCAAGUUCAGGAUAGACUUCUCCGACAUCAACGUACUAGGAGACAUCAACACCAAGCCCAAGAAAGAGAAGUAUGUUGUUUUUCUUAUGACCGUUCUGAGGUUGUCGGGCGGGUUGGGGUUGGCAAUGAUUUUAAAAUGUCUAUUUUAAUUUCACAAAUUUGUUCUAAAUUGAAAUGCCAAGGCAAAAUGUAUGUGAAAAGCGUCGUCCGGGGUAGGGGAGGGUUUGGCCCGGGGGCUUUACCUGGCUCAUCGUGCUGCAGGCUAACUUCGGUCGUCAGUUGCACAGUGUUUCCUCUGACACAUUAGUGCAGCUGGCUUCCGGGUUAAGCAGGCGGGUGUUAAGAACCGCGGUUUGGCGGGUCAUGUUUCGGAGGACGCAUGACUCGACCUUCACCUCUCCCGAGCCCGUUGGGGAGUUGCAGCAAUGAGAUUGGAUUGCAAUUGGGGAGAAAAAGGGGGUAAAAUACAACAAGAAAAAGGAAAGUGAAGUGAGCACACGCUGUUCUUUGAACUGGGAGUCAACCAGUCUGCAAGCACUUAAAUAUUUACAGGAAACCCUUUUUAUUGACAUUCUCAAAUAUUAAUAAUGGGAUAAUUCCCUUUUGGACGCUUAAGUGGCAUAUUGCUGAUUGCUAAUGUAAGCUGCAGGCCGUAGAAAACGGAUUAUUGUGCAUAGUAACAGACAGUAGCGUUUUAAAAAUGUUAGUUUUUUCCUAGUUAGCUAUGUUUCUCAUCGACUUUUAAUUAUUUCCAAUGCCUUGCGUAAAGAGACAUUCAUCGAAAUGUAUGCUACUAAUGAUAGCAGUCAGAAACAAUCAAAUUGAAUGGUCCCCACGUUAUUGUAACACAACCAUUGCAAUAAUUCCAAAUAAUAAUAUAAUAUAAUAUGCCAUUUAGCAGAUGCUUUUAUCCAAAGCGACUUAGUCAUGUGCGUAUACAUUUUUAUGUAUGGGUGGUCCCGGGGAUCGAACCCACUACCCUGGCGUUACAAGCGCCAUGCUCUACCAAUUGAGCUACAGAGGACCACCAAAUCAAGUACAUUUGACUUGAAUUUUUUUUGAAUGAAACAUAUUACUGCAAUAUACAGGUAACUGCCUAAAUAAAGGAAGUGCUUGAGUAAAUGAGGGAUACAAAGUAUAUUGAAAGCAGGUCCUUCCACACAGGUGUGGUUCCUGAGUUAAUUAAGCAAUUAACAUCCCAUCAUGCUCAGGGUCAUGUAUAAACAUGCCCAGUUGCCCAUUAUAUUGGCUACCAUGGCUAGAAGAAGAGAUCUGUGACUUUAAAAGAGUGGUCUCAAAGGAGCAUAGCGGGGUUAAAUUGUGUGUGUGAUAGUGGGGUUAAAUUGUGUGAAUCAGUCACCAUAUCUCAACCCAAUUGAAGAUUCUGGAGCGGCGCCUGAGACAGCGUUUUCCACCACCGUUAUCAAAACACCAAAUUUGGUAUUUGUUAGGAUACCCAUUAGCAGCUGCAAAAGCAUCAGCUACUCAUCAUGUGGUCCACAUGACAUAAUACAUAGUACAGACAAUUAUUAGUCAAGGACUGAAAUACAUAAAUUUUUAACAUCAUACAUAGCCUACAUAUCAGUACAUACACACAAUAUCUAGGUCUAAUACAUAGUACAGUGCAAAUUACAAUACAAUAUAUAAUAUGGCGGUGUCUCUUCACAGUCCCCUUUGUGCAGUAAGGUGUUCUUUAUUCAGUUUUUUUUAAACUGGUUUUAUUGCUAGCUUGAGUUACCUGGGGUGGCAGAGUUCCAUGUAGUCAUGGCUCUAUUUAAUACUGUGCGUUUCCCAGCCUCUGUUCUGGACCAGGGGCAGGGGAAAAAUACAUGUAAUCUAUGCACUUACAUAGCGACUGGAGGACGCUUUUCCCGUGGUUCCUGUUGUAACGAGAAGCAAUGUGCUUAAUAUUAGUAAUGUUGCGCAACAUGAGCUCAUGGGCUCUCAUGAAGUGUUUGUUUAGAUUUGCAUUGAUGUCAGAGUGGUUAGAGGGACAAUAGAGUGCUGAGUACCAGGCAAUUAGCAAGUUUGGUAGGCUACUAAUGGCCAUCAGCAGCAUUUACAUUUUCGUCAUUUAGCAGACGCUCUUAUCCAGAGUGACUUACAAAUUGGUGCAUUCACCUUAUGAUAGCCAGUGGGACAACCACUUUACAAUAUGUUAUUUUUUAUUUAGUUUUCUCUUUGGGGUGGGGUAAGGGGGGGUAGAAGGAUUACUUUAUCCUAUCCCAGGUAUUCCUUAAAGAGGUGGGGUUUUAAGUGUCUCCGGAAGGUGGUGAGUGACUCCGCUGUCCUGGCGUCGUGAGGGAGCUUGUUCCACCAUUGGGGUGCCAGAGCAGCGAACAAUUUUGACUGGGCUGAGCGGGAACUGUGCUUCCGCAGAGGUAGGGGGGCCAGCAGGCCAGAGGUGGAUGAUCGCAAUGCCCUCGUUUGGGUGUAGGGACUGAUCAGAGCCUGAAGGUACGGAGGUGCCGUUCCCCUCACAGCUCCGUAGCCAAGCACCAUGGUCUUGUAGCAGAUGCGAGCUUCAACUGGAAGCCAGUGGAGUGUGCGGAGGAGCAGGGUGACGUGAGAGAACUUGGGAAGGUUGAACACCAGACGGGCUGCGGCGUUCUGGAUGAGUUGUAGGGGUUUAAUGGCACAGGCAGGGAGCCCAGCCAACAGCGAGUUGCAGUAAUCCAGACGGGAGAUGACAAGUGCCUGGAUUAGGACCUGUGCCGCUUCCUGUGUAAGGCAGGGUCGUACUCUGCAAAUGUUGUAGAGCAUGAACCUAUAGGAUCGGGUCACCGCCUUGAUGUUAGCGGAGAACGAAAGGGUGUUGUCCAGGGUCACGCCAAGGCUCUGUGCACUCUGGGAGAAGGACACAACGUAGUUCUCAACCGUGAUGGCGAGAUCAUGGAAUGGGCAGUCCUUCCCCGGGAGGAAGAGCAGCACCGUCUUGCCGAGGUUCAGCUUGAGGUGGUGAUCCGUCAUCCACACUGAUAUGUCUGCCAGACAUGCAGAGAUGCGAUUUGCCACCUGGUUAUCAGAAGGGGGAAAGGAGAAUAUUAAUUGUGUGUCGUCUGCGUAGCAAUGAUAGGAGAGGCCAUGUGAGGAUAUGACGGAGCCAAGUGACUUGGUGUAUAGCGAGAAUAGGAGAGGGCCUAGAACUGAGCCCUGGGGAACACCAGUGGUGAGAGCACGUGGUGCGGAGACAGAUUCUCGCAACGCCACCUGGUAGGAGCGACCUGUCAGGUAGGACGCAAUCCAAGAGUGAGCCGCGCCAGAGAUGCCCAACUCGGAGAGGGUGGAGAGGAGGAUCUGAUGGUUCACAGUAUCAAAGGCAGCAGAUAGGUCUAGAAGGACGAGAGCAGAGGAGAGAGAGUUAGCUUUAGCAGUGCGGAGAGCCUCCGUGACACAGAGAAGAGCAGUCUCAGUUGAAUGACCAGUCUUGAAACCUGACUGGUUUGGAUCAAGAAGGUCAUUCUGAGAGAGAUGGCAAGAGAGUUGGCUAAAGACGGCACGCUCAAGAGUUUUGUAGAGAAAAUAAAGAAGGGAUACUGGUCUAUAGUUGUUGACAUCGGAGGGAUUGAGUGUAGGUUUUUUGAGAAGGGGUGCAACUCUCGCCCUCUUGAAGAUGGAAGGGACAUAGCCAGCGGUCAAGGAUGAGUUGAUGAGCGAGGUGAGGUAAGGGAGAAGGUCUCCGGAAAUGGUCUGGAGAAGAGAGGAGGGGAUAGGGUCAAGCGGGCAGGUUGUUGGGCGGCCGGCCGUCACAAGUCGCAAGAUUUCAUCUGGAGAGAGAGGGGAGAAAGAAGUCAAAGCAUAGGGUAGGGCAGUGUGAGCAGGACCAGCGGUGUCAUUUGACUUAACGAGGAUCGGAUGUCGUCAACCUUCUUUUCAAAAUGGUUGACGAAGUCAUCCACAGAGAGGGAGGAGGGGAGGGGGGGGGGGGAUUCAGCAGGGAGGAGAAGGUGGCAAAGAGCUUCCUAGGGUUAGAGGCAGGGGCUUGGAAUUUAGAGUGGUAGAAAGUGGCUUUAGCAGCAGAAACAGAGGAAGAAAAUGUAGAGACGAGGGAGUGAAAAGAUGCCAGGUCCGCAGGACGUCUAGUUUUCCUCCAUUUCCGCUCGGCUGCCCGGAGCCCUGUUCUGUGAGCUCGCAAUGAGUCGUCAAGCCACGGAGCAGGAGGGGAGGACCGAGCCGGACGGGAGGAUAGAGGACAUAGAGAGUCAAAGGAUGCAGAAAGGGAGGAGAGGAGGGUUGAGGAGGCAGAAUCAGGAGAUUGGAGGGAGAAGGAUUGAGCAGAGGGAAGAGAUGAUAGGAUGGAAGAGGAGAGAGUAGCGGGAGAGAGAGAGCGAAGGUUCCGACGGCGCAUUACCAUCUGAGUAGGGGCAGAGUGAGUAGUGUUGGAGGAGAGCGAGAGAGAAAAGGAUACAAAGUAGUGGUCAGAGACUUGGAGGGGAUUUGCAUUGAGAUUAGUAGAAGAACAGCAUCUAGUAAAGAUGAGGUCAAGCGUAUUGCCUGCCUUGUGAGUAGGGGGGGACGGUGAGAGGGUGAGGUCAAAAGAGGAGAGGAGUAGAAAGAAGGAGGCAGAGAGAAAUGAGUCAAAGGUAGACGUAGGGAGGUUAAAGUCACCCAGAACUGUGAGGGGUGAGCCAUCCUCAGGAAAGGAACUUAUCAAGUUGUCAAGCUUAUUGAUGAACUCUCCAAGGGAACCUGGAGGGCGAAAAAUGACAAGGAUGUUAAGCUUGAAUGGGCUAGUGACUGUGACAGCAUGGAAUUCAAAUGAGGAGAUAGACAGAUGGGUCAGGGGAAAAAGAGAGAACGUCCACUUGGGAGAGAUAGGAUUCCUGUGCCACCACCCCGCUGACCAGAUGCUCUCGGGGUAUGCGAGAACACAUGGUCAGACGAGGAGAGAGCAGUAGGAGUAGCAGUGUUUUCUGUGGUAAUCCAUGUCUCCGUCAGCGCCAAGAAGUCGAGGGUCUGGAGGGUAGCAUAGGCUGAGAUGAACUCUGCCUUGUUGGCCGCAGAACGGCAGUUCCAGAGACUGCCGGAGACCUGGAACUCCACGUGGGUCGUGCAUGCAGGGACCACCAAAUUAGAGUGGCAGCAGCCACACGGUGUGAGGUGUUUGUAUAGCCUGUGCGGAGAGGAGAGAACAGGGAUAGACAGACGCAUAGUUGACAGGCUACAGAAAAUGGCUACAAUAAUGCAAAGGAGAUCGGAAUGAAAUGAACUAAACAUCUGGGAAAGCGAGAGAGCGGGGCCUCCCUCACUUACGUUUCACUGAAACACUCAAAUAUAACUCUCCCAACUUCCACUUUAGAAAUUAUAAUUGUUGUAAACUACAGUGGUUCAAUAUUUCUAGGAAUAAACUAACUUAGUUUAUUCAGCUAGCUAACUUGGUACAGUAUUCUUCAGUGAAAACCGUCCAGGGCACCGAAUCCUAUGACGCCAUAGCCAAGUAGCAUGCCAGCCUCCAAUAACACGGUUUAGCACCAAUACUCGGUUACAACAAACCACCAGUGUGUUAACAUGCCAAGCAGAUCAUUCGUGUCCAUGUCUAACGUUGUGUAAAGUUUUGGGUUAGUUUUGACAGUUUGAGUGAGUUCGUCAACUUAUUCAGCCAGUUAGUUAGCUAGAAUAGUUAGCAUACUAGCUAGCCAUUGCUCUCUGCCAACAAAAAACCCCUCCUUCCACGGCACAAACACACAGAGAGAGCUGGGAGAAGCCUAAUUACCGUGAUCAACAGUCACGUGUAAUUUGACUGCCUUCAUGACUCGUGACCGCCGGUGUGGCGGUAAUAUGGUCAACGUAAAAGCCCUAGUCGGUACAAGAUGGUUUGUCCUUAUUUAUACAGUGGGGAAAAAAGUAUUUAGUCAGCCACCAAUUGUGCAAGUUCUCCCACUUAAAAAGAUGAGAGAGGCCUGUAAUUUUCAUCAUAGGUACACGUCAACUAUGACAGACAAAUUGAGAAAAAAAAUCCAGAAAAUCACAUUGUAGGAGUAAGUAUUUGGUCACCUACAAACAAGCAAGAUUUCUGGCUCUCACAGACCUGUAACUUCUUCUUUAAGAGGCUCCUCUGUCCUCCACUCGUUACCUGUAUUAAUGGCACCUGUUUGAACUUGUUAUCAGUAUAAAAGACACCUGUCCACAACCUCAAACAGUCACACUCCAAACUCCACUAUGGCCAAGACCAAAGAGCUGUCAAAGGACACCAGAAACAAAAUUGUAGACCUGCACCAGGCUGGGAAGACUGAAUCUGCAAUAGGUAAGCAGCUUGGUUUGAAGAAAUCAACUGUGGGAGCAAUUAUUAGGAAAUGGAUGACAUACAAGACCACUGAUAAUCUCCCUCGAUCUGGGGCUCCACGCAAGAUCUCACCCCGUGGGGUCAAAAUGAUCACAAGAACGGUGAGCAAAAAUCCCAGAACCACACAGGGGGACCUAGUGAAUGACCUGCAGAGAGCUGGGACCAAAGUAACAAAGCCUACCAUCAGUAACACACUACGCCGCCAGGGACUCAAAUCCUGCAGUGGCAGACGUGUCCCACCUGCUUAAGCCAGUACAUGUCCAGGCCCGUCUGAAGUUUGCUAGAGUGCAUUUGGAUGAUCCAGAAGAGGAUUGGGAGAAUGUCAUACGGUCAGAUGAAACCAAAAUAUAACUUUUUGGUAAAAACUCAACUCGUCGUGUUUGGAGGACAAAGAAUGCUGAGUUGCAUCCAAAGAACAACAUACCUACUGUUAAGCAUGGGGGUGGAAACAUCAUGCUUUGGGGCUGUUUUUCUGCAAAGGGACCAGGACGACUGAUCCGUGUAAAGGAAAGAAUGAAUGGGGCCAUGUAUCGUGAGAUUUUGAGUGAAAACCUCCUUCCAUCAGCAAGGGCAUUUAAGAUGAAACGUGGCUGGGUCUUUCAGCAUGACAAUGAUCCCAAACACACCGCCCGGGCAACGAAGGAGUGGCUUCGUAAGAAGCAUUUCAAGGUCCUGGAGUGGCCUAGCCAGUCUCCAGAUCUCAACCCCAUAGAAAAUCUUUGGAGGGAGUUGAAAGUAUGUGUUGCCCAGCGACAGUCCCAAAACAUCACUGCUCUAGAGGAGAUCUGCAUGGAGGAAUGGGCCAAAAUACCAGCAACAGUGUGUGAAAACCUUGUGAAGACUUACAGAAAACGUUUGACCUGUGUCAUUGCCAACAAAGGGUAUUUAACAAAGUAUUGAGAAACUUUUGUUAUUGACCAAAUACUUAUUUUCCACCAUAAUUUGCAAAUAAAUUCAUAAAAAAUCCUACAAUGUGAUUUUCUGGAUUUUUUUCUUUCUCAUUUUGUCUGUCAUAGUUGACGUGUACCUAUGAUGACAAUUACAGGCCUCAUCUUUUUAAGUGGGAGAACUUGCACAAUUGGUGGCUGACUAAAUACUUGUUUUCCCCACUGUAUAUAGCAACAAUUGUUUCACCUCUUCCACUGCCACUUUGUGAAACUCAAAACUACAGUGCUUGUCUUUCAUUAUUUGGUCCAUUAUGCAUGCAUAUGAAGGCUCAGCAUUUGUUGUCUGCAUGUCAUACCGAAGUUUGUAAUCGUGUAAACAAAAAAGUUAUUAAAGUGGUUGGCAAUAUCAAAGGGUUUGUUAUGAACAAGAAUUUAAUUUAAAGUACUAUCAUUCUUUAUAUCAUUUAUCUUUGUUCCAUAGUAUAGUUUCUUCUUUUUGUUACAUGAUUUCUCAAUUUACUGUAGGUUUGCCAGUCUGCUGUGUUGUCAGACUUGUUUGCUAUUCCCUUUGCCUUAUCCCUCUCAGCCAUACAGUUUUUCAAUUCCCCAUCUAUCCAUUGGUAUUUGGCAGUUCUAACAGUCAGUUUCUUGUAGCAUCCGGAUGUUCCUCAUUACACACAUCAGACCAACAAAUAUUUUUCACAUCUUCGACACUUAGGUCUAGUGUUUGGAACUUUGUAUUUCUAAAUAUGGCUAUUAUAUUAUGAUCACUACAUCCGGUGGAUGUGGAUACUGCUUUAGAGCAGAUUUCUGCAACAUUAGUAAAGAUGUGAUCAAUACACGUGGAUGAUUUAGUUACUGUUCUGUUUGUAAAUACCCUGGUAGGUUGACUGAUGACUUGAACCAGAUUGCAGUCACUAGUUACAGCUUGGAGCUUCUUUUUGAGUGGGCAGCUUGAUGACAACCAGAUCAAUACCGCCCUACUCAUCGACCCCUUGGCUGUAAGAGGCAUUCAGAACAGAAAUUCUGUGUGCCUAGGCUGCAUCAAAGUACUUAGAAAGCACAUCUUGUUUUUCCCGCAGCUGAGCUAGCAGACGGAGAAUCUCUUCCCUAAGCUGCUUGAUGAUGAUACAUUUGGAACAGACAAAGAAUUUAUGUUCAAUUUAUGUCCAACUUAUUUUCCUCCUCUUGCAUUGAUAUCAUCUCGCACCUAGCGCAUUUGAGCCCAGAUGUAGAUGCAAAUACCACUGGUGUUUUGACUCUAACACUGCUAGCGUUAUCUUGCUCUCUUAGCAUGAUGGCUAACCGCUAACUAUUGUGUUUUUUAAGCAGGAAUCCGGGACACAAACUUUCGUUCCCAGCUAUCAGAACUUCCAAUGGUUAAAGAUAGUUGUUGUUGACAUGAUUAAAAACUAUUUCAUAAAAACAACAGAUCGAGUGUCGACAGUACACUGAUCUGUUGCGUGCUCAGAUUUUUUAUUUUAUUUAUUUUUUUAUUUUGUCACUUAGCAGACGCUCUUAUCCAGAGCGACUUACAGUUAGUGAGUGCAUACAUUUUCAUACUGGCCCCCCGUGGGAAUCGAACCCACAACCCUGGCGUUGCAUGGGACUAUGAUAGCUGUUGCGUGAUGACGUAUGCUCUCACAUAGCAUUGGGUUGAACUUUGACACAUUCAAUAAUCAUGACAGUGUUGGCUCUUGGGGGGAUGCAACUCAAUCUUAGGAAGGUGUUCCUAAUGUUUGAUAUACUCAGUGUAUAAACUCCAAUAUACUGGCCUGUCAAAUAUACUGUGCGUGUGUACUAAUGUUUCUAACUAAUCGUUUACUAACCUUUGAUCCCCUGUGGUUGUGCAGUGUGACUGCUUUUGAAGAGAUGAUCGAGCCGUACCGGCUGAAGGAGGACGACAUGGAGCAGGAUACAGCGGAGGCACUGAAGGCCAGCGAGCCCUGGAGGAUCACAGACAACGAGCUGGAGCUCUUUAGGGCCAAGGUAAAUCUAACCACUCUAGCCAUCACCAUAUUACUUACUCCUAUCCAGUUAUUUCAGAUCUGUGAACAUGGAAGUGGUAGGGGCUAGCUGUAGGAUGCUAGGAGCCAAAUAGAACCAAGCCUAUAAACCAUUUUGAAAUGGGGUCCUCCAGAGUCUGGUAUUGUGCCCAAUGUCUUUGAUGAGCUAUAUGGGGAUGAAAGUACUCCCAUAUCUGCCUAUCCUACAGCAAAGUGUGGCUGCUGCUUUAGAUGGUAAUCUCGUAACCCGACGGAUGUGUGUCCACCUUAACCUGUGUUUUUGUUUUGGUUCUUCUCAGACUAAUCGUCAGAUCAGACUAAACGAACUGCUGAAGGAGCACUCAAGCACAGCUAACCUCAUUGUCAUGUAAGUAGAUUUAAGAGCAUUUAUUUUUGUGUGUGUAUUGAGGCCUUGUGUCUGGGGGCGGCAGGUAGCCUAGCGGAUAAGAGCGUUGGGCCAGUAACCGAAAGAUCACUGGUUAGAAUCCCAGAACUGACUAGGUGAAAAAUCUGUCAAUGUGCCCUUGAGCAAGGCACUUAACCCAAAUUGCUCCUGUAAGUCUCUCUGGAUAAGAGCGUCUGCUAAAUUACUAAAAUGUAAAUUGUAAUAACAGCUGCUAAGUGAAUCAGCUGGGUGCCCUGUAAACUGAGACGCCAGCCGCCCUCACAUAAACACUCACUCUCCUCUGUCAUCCUCUGUCACCUUUCCUCCAUUUCCCCCCACUUCCCUGCCUCUUCUCUUCCACCUUUUCGCUCUGUUGCUCUCCCUUCUCUCUCUCAAUCCACUCUUCAUCCUCCUUUCUCUCUGCUAUAUUUUCCUAUUCUCCCCCUCUCCAUUUUCCUCUCAUUUAUUCUCCCUCUGCUUCCUCACUCGUCCUUCCCUCUCUAUGCAUGGGCGCACACAGACAAUACUCCACUCGCACUCAUUCAGUAGGGCUGUAGGUUAAUUGCCCUAGCGUUGUCUCUCUCCACCACUGGCUUGGCUCUGCUUCAGUCCCUGCUGUCCUAUCCUAUUCACAACACCACAUCACUACUGCUCUUCUCACCUCCACCACUGAUACUGAAUGGGGCCAGUGUCACUGGACCUCCAUUUUGUAUCUCAUUAAUGGAUGUGUAGAAUAUGAUGUUUCAAUGCUCUGUUAGUCAAACUGCACUUUAUUGAAGUAUGCGUGUGGUAUUGAGUUGUUUAUUGUGCUGUUGAUAUACGGGGCACAAGGGUGAGAUUUGAAAGGAUCCGAAACGGAUAGGGCUAUUUCUGUCCCUCAUCACAUUGUGUGAGAGAGUGAGUGCUGUUGUGAAGUCUGUGGGGAAACAAGACUAAUGCAAUAAAAGUGGGACCUGAUGGUGGGGCUGGUCACAUUAUUGAUAGCCAGCCCAUGUGAAGAACUCUUUAUGUAACUGCCCAGGGAGUGUGACCGUAUUGGUGAUGUAACGGGAGCCCAUCAGACCUAGGGUACAUUUUAACUAAGCUUUUGUGGACAUAUGCCCAAUCCCAAAUCGACUCCUAGCCUCUACCCCAUGGGUAUUUUUCUCAACAGGUUAUCUUCCCUAUUGUGCCUUUUGGUAAGCACACUGUAUGACAGUAUGACUUCCUAAAUCUAUCUAUCUAUCUACAGGAGCAUGCCCUUGGCCAGAAAGGGAGCGGUGUCCAGUGCUCUUUACAUGUCCUGGCUGGAGACUCUGUCCAAGGACCUGCCUCCCCUCCUCCUGGUGCGCGGCAACCACCAGAGCGUCCUCACCUUCUACUCU